AUGAGUGUCUUUUUGUGCGGCAAAGGUAAGUUGAAUUUUUCUGACUGUCCUUGUGUUCUUAUGAAUAAACAGUUUAUUCACUAAUUUGUCUUCAGUUCCACAGAGAUACAUCUUUAUUUCUUUAAUAUUCAGUUUCUUUGUCUCUUUUCCCUCUAGCCCUCACAUCUGACCGAAGAUUGACAUCAUCUGUGCGUCAGGAGAGUAGUUUUAUAUCAGCAAAUGUUGGAGACAAUGUGACAUUACAAUGUUUCUAUGAAGGAAAUGUUGGAGCUAUGCUCUUCUGGUACAAGCAAGCACCGGGACAGGAGCCCAGGCUCAUUUGUAGCUUCUAUAGAUAUGAUAGAAAGGGGACUUUUAGUGAGGAGUUUGAGGAUAAUACACGUUUUGUACUGGAGACUCAAGACUCUAAAAAUCACUUGAUAAUCUCAGAUUUGCUUCCCUCAGAUUCAGCCACCUAUUUCUGUGUGAGUAGCUAUGCAUAUGAAUUUCAGUUUGCUGAAGGGACUACUGUCAGUGUAAAAGGUUCAGGUUCAAAUGUCCCAGCUGUGGUGUAUCAGUCAGCAUCAGAGAACAUCCUUCUAGGUGAACUAAACUGUACAGUCCAGGUUUUGUCCUGUACUGAGGAGCACAGUGUUUACUGGUUCAGAAACUCUGAAGAACCUCAACCAGGACUCAUUUACACCCAUGGAGGCAAGAACGAUCAGUGUGAGAGGAAAUCCAACACAGAAACUAAUACCUGUAUCUACAAACUGCCAACUCAGUCCAUGAACCUCACUUAUCCUCUGACCCUCUACUGUGCAUUUGCCGUAUGUGGACACAUACUGUUCGGAAACGGGACAAAAUUGGACUCAGCAGGUCAGUACAAUUAUGUUUGAAUUAAUAACUGUGAUAUCUUUAUCUCAAGAAAGUGAUGAAGUACAGGCUGACUGGUAAUCAAGGGACUGGAAAAAAAAAAUUCCUGUUCAACUUUUUUUCCUAUCAAUCAAAAUGUAAAACUCGAUAUUACCCAAAUCAGAUUUUUUCCACUGCAAUAUAGUGGAAAAAACUGACAGAAUUGUUUAGUUGAAGAAUAUAUGGAGGUUCAACAACAGUUAACCCUUAAUCCUGUUAAUUUUAAGAUCCAUCUAGCCUACUUUGUCCUCAAAAUGGACAUACAGAUAAGUGUACAUACAGUAAUCAUUUUUUACAUUUUUUCUUUUUUUUUUUUUACUCAAAUUUGUUGAACGACUUCAGCUUUAACCAUUAAAAAAAUAGUUCGACACAUCCCAUACACACAACCAUAAAUGAGAGAUGUUAUAUCUUCACACUAAUAAUCCGAAGGACCUGUGCAUCCUCAUGCAUGUCCUUCCACUCGCCAAAAUGAGAGCAAAGUUGAAAUUGUCCAAAUGUCCCCCUCUCUUUGUCCCCUGCAUACAUGCAAGAGCACACAAAUUUUUCCUAACACACGUAGCCCACUCUUCGACAUCCAUUUUUGGUGGCACGUCAAGUUUCUUUUAAUUCUGAUGAUGUUUAGUGGCUGAAAUAGCGCUUCAAACACACUCAGUCCAUAAAUGAAGACCUUUCUACGCGGCACCAAAGGGCUUAAAAUUAUGUCCUUGCCCAAUCUCUUGUAUCACUUUCGGAAAGUUGGGAAAAUUUAGAGCCCAGGGGCCUCAUGUAUCAAUACUUGCGUGGAACUCAUACCAGAAACGAGCGCACGCAAGGUCCGUCACGCUGAAAAAAAUCCGUAUGUAUCAAUGUGUGCGGGCGCCGAAAUCCACGUGUGUUUCCUUGAUAAAUCCCAAUCAGCGUGGAAUUGAGCGCAGAUGUCGGAGUGACUGGGCCCGUCCCCGUUACGCCCUCCUAUAAAUAUGCAGAUUUAUUUAAAUAGGGUCUCCCUGUCCUCGCACGCAGACAAAAUGACAAGAAAAACUAAAUUUACGGCGUGCGAGGUGGAGGUGCUGGUGGCAGAGGUGGAGGAGCGACAGUGUGUUUUGUUUGGCAGCCUGUCCAGUGGCGUCAGUGCAAAACGUAAACGCUUGGAGUGGGAGAAAGUUUGCGAGAGGGUGAAUGCGGUGGGUUCCGAGACACGCACCCCCGCGAAGAUUAAAAAAAAGUGGUCGGACCACAAGGUGGAAGUCAAGCGGCGUACAGCUGCCCUCCGGAGGAGUACUGGCCAGACAGGUGGGGGUCCGGGGGAGGAGACCCUCACACCGUUUGAGCAGCGAGUGAUGGCGAUUAUUAUUAUAGGGUAAGUGGCGUGUCACACAAAUGUCCACAUGCUUUGUCAUCCCACUGAGCAAAAGACGUAUAUUAGACGUCUAGUCUAAGUUUAUACUUCAUUUCAACGUCGGGAUUCAGUCUAUUUUUAGACGUGAUUUAUACUUCGCCCUUAACUUCAUUUUUCGAUAACUUUUUAUGCAAUAAACAACUGUAAUGUGCAUAACUGACCUCAAAAUACUGGAUUACAUUACCUAUGAUACCGUGGAGAAGGAUGUAAACGCAACAGAUACACAGAAGCAGGAAUUGAAAUGAACCAAUAUCUUUAUUGUGUCACAGAAAUCAAUGUGUCGGCCGUGUCGCCGGCUUGCGGAACCCCGGCCCGCGGCAGCCCGUCCGCCGGCUCGGAGUCGUCGGCCAGGACCAGCGGCAUUCGGGCCACCCCGGCCCCCGGCCCCAGCACCAGCACCAGCAUCAGCACCAGCGCGCCGACAAGCGGUGGAGCGUCCACCAGCCGCGGCGCUUCCGCUGGACCACCCGGACGCAGUGGAAGGGUCCUCGCGGAGGGGGUCCUGCAAUCGCAGGAAGAAAUCAUCAGGGGGAUCACGGGGAUCAACGAGCGGCUGGACCGGCUCGUAAAUGUCCUCGAGCGUCUGGUGGAGAAAAUAAAUUAAUUUGGCUCAUUGAACAACUGUGUAUUCACUUCUUACCCAUUCACACUGUGGCGAUGAGAUUCUCCCACGCAAGAACGGCGGCCCGGCAGGGAUCAGCUCGCAUCCCUCCGUCUGCUGCUGGUUCGUCAUGUGGGGCGACGUGCUGCUCGGCCACGGGGAUGUGGUGCACGCUUGUCACAUAGUGAGUCACCAAACACCGCCACACAGCGUCGCCAAAGUGCGAAUCACAGUCAACGCAAGUUUUCGGCUCAACGCCAAUUUCUACACCACCUCCUGACUUUGCGUUGAUUAGCGCUGGAACCGACGCUCGUUUCGCGAUGAUAAAUCUGGACGUGUGCGCCGAUUUUGGCGUACGCAAGGUUUUCUUGCGCCGCAAGCGUUGAUACAUGAGGCCCCUGGUGAUCAAGUGACUGCAAAAAAAAAGGGUGGAAUUUGUUGUUAUGGUGACAUAAACACACUGUCAAAAAAAUGCUUUUAAUGGAAGCCUUUGUCUGUUUUGCAGACAAAGUAGGAUGAAUGGAGCUAAAAUAUGGCGACAGAGUUUUACAGGCGACACGUUUUUUUAAUAUAAAGAAAAAUAAGAACUCUCACCAAAUUCCAAAUUUGAUGCCCGGAUCUUUAAAAAUGUGACUGUCAGCACAAAAUAAAAAUGAAAAAAAAAAAAAAAAAAGACAAAUGUCUGCAAAGCUGAUAUAGUAGGAACCAAGGGUUAAACAUGCAGAUUUUUAAUAUGCAAACUGUACUUAAAAACUUAUGUUUGAAGACAAAGCCAUCAAAGCAAGGCUCCAACGACUAAAGCUUGAAUUGCUCCAGCAAGAGAACUGAUCAUAAAAAUAGGCCUAUUUUAGAUGCAAAGUGUUCCGUUUUCUGCAUACUUGUUCUUAUUGAUAAAUUGAAAGCAUGUCUAUGUGAGUCAGUAGUGUCAGUCAGAAAGGGCAACUGGGUCACAGUCUGAUUACUCUAUAACUGAUCUACUGUUAACAUCCUAAGAGGGUUUUACUGUCUGUGGGUGUUUUUCCAUCUACAGCGGAGAAGAAAACUCCAGCCUCUCUUGUGCUUUUGUUAAGUGGAGGUUUGGCAUUCACCAUCAUCUUGAUUGUUGUCCUGGCUAUUUCAGUUUAUGUAACAAACAAAAGGAGAUGUCGUUGUACAGGUAAGUGGUACUGAAUCUUUUUAACAGCUUGUAUCCACGGAAGAUGUUGACUUCAACAAAUAGCCUUUUCUUUUUACCUGACAGAGUCUCAAAGAGCAUCAGACUCCAACACAACAUCUGCAGAGGUGAAUAUAACCUGCUUAAAAUCAAAUUUAACAUAUAGAAUUAGCCAUACUUAUCAUAGACAGGAACUGGUGUUAUCAUGCAGAAGGUGGUGCGUUGAUAACUAAGUUUACAUUUUCAUGAUUAUCUGGCAGUUAUUAUAGAAAAGAAAGAUAUUAAAAAGCUAAAAACCUGCACCGACCAUGGCAAUGAAUCAAAUUUUCUAUUUUACCAGGAUACAGAUAACCUCCAUUAUGCUGCCUUGAAGGACCACGGGGUCAACAGAGCAAGAACAAAAAGGAACAACACCAGGACUGACUGUGUUUACUCGAUGGUCAGGCAGUAGAACCACAUAUUUAAUCACCUGGAUUUUUUCUCAAGUUUUAAAGGUAGGGUUGGUAAUCACGGCAAACUAGUGUGAAUUUGAAUGUAGCAUCUCCUAAGGACUUUGUCUAUCCCCUCCCUGGAGGCUAGAGUGCUUACAGAUGUGGGCUGCUGGUUAAAUUCCCAGCCCCCAACCUUUAUUGGCCAGCAUCCCUGUCUAUCUUCUCCUGCCCUAUCUAAAAAGUCAAAAAUGCCUGAAAAAAUAAAACUAUCAAAUCUGCCAGAAUCAAUAAAAAUCUCACCCUUGAAACUGCUUAUUCAGUCAUUUUAUCAAACACAAUGGCCUCUAUUGAAAGCACAGUCCAUAAUGUCACUGACACACUACAUGAGAAAAGGAUCAAGUUUGAUGCAGACAGGUUUAACCACUGUUUUCUUGGUGGAUUGGGCUACAAUCAUGCUUGUAGUAUGGGAUAGCUUAUGGCAUAAGCAGGGUUCUAGUUUGGCUGGUGAUGCAUGAGGCAAUCGUGUCAGUCAGAUAUGCUUUACAUAGGUUCUGCUCUCAGUAAUUUGUCCCCCUGGCAGUAAUUCCUACAUUUCCUAUAAAUACUGUGCUGUAAUGCUACAUAAUGACAUUUUGUAUGCCUAUUGGCUGCGUGAAUGUUGGUAUUUCCUGCAACAGUCUACGGUACAACCAGUGUGAGAAACAAAUAAAGUGAGAGCAGAAAGUUUCAUAAACAGCGGAGCUUAAGUUUAGCUUGAGUAAAACUAAACUAAAGUGGUGGUGGUUGAACUUGGGACAGAUGAGGUUGGGCAAGAAGAAGAAGAAGGAUGGAGGAGAUGAGGAUAUCGGUGACAGAGCAUGCAAAAUGAAAAAAAAGAAUGUUUAACGUAAGUUUGUGUUGUAGUUUGUGUGUUUUUCUGUGGUGAGCAUGGACUUUUGUUUCAUUCAUUUUGUUGGUUGGACUUAGUUUUGCUGUGUGGGCUGCUGCUUGUCAUCUGUUUCAGCGGCUGCUCCCUUCCCUCCCGUGGCACUGAGGCUGACUGAGCACACCUGCUGCCACUCUGCAAUCAGCUGGCCUUUAAAACUGCUGCCGACAGAAGCCUUAGUGCCAGAGUAUUGUCACCUACACUCAGUGGUACAAUGGCCCCUCUGAACUUCUAGAUUAAGUAAAUCUCCUAUGAGUAUCUUUGGUGUUUUUGGUAAUUGUGCUGACCCUCGUUGUCUUUCCCUUUUUUUUCCCAGUGCCUCCCUCUGAGCCUCUCAGCAGCCCACUACCUACUACUCUCUCCCUUUAACCCUCUGCUUCCUCACUGAAAGAAUAAAACCUGUUAAACCUGUUACCCCUGGUCUGGUUGCAUUUUGGGUCCUGUCUUUGCACACACACCACAUUUUCAUGCCAACAAUGUUAAUAAAAUGAUCAAAUGCACUCAACAGCAUUCAUAAUCUCUUAAUUUCUCUGAAAAAAAAAAUGUCUCAUGGAAAUUCUGAUAGGCUGGUAACUUUAGAGAGUCACCAGCCACAUUGGCUGACGAUCAAAAAGUUAAUUUAGAACCCUAGUCAUAAGGGUAACUACACAAAGUUAAUCUCCCACUGUCAGUGCCCAGCACUAACAGAACUUUCCACUAGUACAUGGAGGUGACAGAGGGAUGCUGGGGCAUGUAAGCAAUCCCACGAAUGAUUUUCAGUUAGUCCAAUUUUAGCAAACAAAAAAAUCAUUGCAAAGCAUGUAGAAAUAAAUGUGCAUUAAAGACCUAACUUUAGUCUGCUAACAUCUAAAAGAAAGUAGUUUAAAAAGCCACAGGCUGUAUAGAGUGACAGACCAUCCUACAGUGUAAAAUACGACCCUAUUUUGUGUUGAAAUCUUGACCCCCUGUCAGGAUGUGUUCUUAUGAAAAUUAAAUAAGAUAUGAACAGAAAAACUGUUGGUUAGUUUAGUUUGUUCCUGUGUUUGUAAUGUAGGUUUUGCUCUUAUUUAUUUAUUUUUGUAUUUUAUUCAUUUAUUUAUUUUUUGAGGGGGGUGUUUGUGUUUUUCUGUUGGGCCUUUUUUAAAGUAGGUUUUUGUUGUUUCAAGUUCAGUUAAACUUUUUCAGUUCUGCACGUGGGUCCUCCCUUUUGAUUUCAUUCUAAACGUGAUACUUAGGCUCAUGAAACACACGGUGGAGCUAAAUUCUCUUCAAGUGGCUUUACUCAAGAGUCAACCCAGGGUAAGAGAGGAGGGUGCGAACAUUAGUUUCCAAAACAGAAGAGUCAGUGUUACUUCUUGUGAGUCAAUCCCAAGCAGUAACCUCUUUAAGAGCUGAGAACCAGUGACGGUUCUAGGUUUUGGUGUGUGUAAGGUUGGACAACCACCUUUUUCCACAAGUAAAGACACUCACAUCAAGUUGCAUAUAUUUAAACCCCAUGUGACAAAGGUGGGUUGUGCUCACAGAUCACAACAUAAAUUCCAAUAAUGGCAUUAAAAUCGGAACCACCUGUGCUUAAAGGAAGCAUCACUCUCUGUGGCCUGGCUCUUUCUUUCACUAAUGUUGUCAUGUGAAAUGAAUUUGGCUCAUGCAACUGAAUAUCACUUUUCGUAUGUAGGCCUAACUCCAAAUUGAAUAUUCACAGAAUUUUAAGGAUGUUAAAACAUCAGAUAAACAUGUAAUUUUGAAUGAAAAUAUCCUUUAUUGUUUUGUUCAAGUUUUCGAAGUAAAUAACUCAUCUGAUCACAAAAAAAAAAAAACAUCUGUUCAGCAUUGCAACAGCAGUAGGAAGGGUCGAGCUGUGCAAGAAAAAAAUCAUCAGGCAGUAGAACCAUACACAUUUGAGUGACCUGGAACUGACCAGCAGUUCAAGUGCAUGUACCGUGUACUGAGGCUGCAGUGCUCACAGCUGUGGUUGCUGAUUCAACUCCCUGCUUGACAAAGAUGCAUAGAAAAUAAAACAGUAAAAUCUGACAGAAUCAAUAAAUGAAGGGUCAUUGCUGAAACUACUCAUUUAACCCCAUUUUGACUUGUACAAUGCAUUCUAUUAAAAGUAUAGUGUGUGAUAGUUAGUGGCAUACAUAAAAGAAAUGGAAUAAAAAUGUCUUUGUUUGUUUAAAUUGAUGUAUCAUCACUCAAUAUAAAUAUAUGUUUUUAACUUUGUAUGUGUGUUUUAUAUCGAGGCCUAUGUAAGGAACACAGAGGCCACUAUCUUGCACCACUUUAUUUCUACAAUAGCAAAUAAAAGGCAAAGUAGUAAAAGGUGAUGCACAGUUUUACAUACAGUGAGUCAAAUGCACUGAUUGGAAGAUGAAGAGGAGGAAGAAGAAUGUGGUUGCUGUUGUGUGGAGAAGAAUUUUGGAGUGUUUGACAGUUAGAACUGAUGAAUAAAGAAACAUACUCAUGCAUGACCACAGGGUUUCCUUUACUAUUUAGAACAGAAGCAUUAUCAGUGCACAGAAACAGUAAAUAUUUCUGUUUACAGAAACAAUAAAAGGCUAAAAUAUACAUAUAUUUUGAGUAGCCUUUAAUGAAAUGUUAAUUUCGAACAAUAUUUUUCAAAAUUCCUAAAUACGUGUAAUUGUAGCCACAAAAAACAAGGCUUGGGACACCUGAGGUUCUCACACCUGCAGGGGAGCUGAAACUGAGCCUCAAACAAGGAUGGCCCCAGGUGGAAGGAACAGAGGGAAGGUGGUAACAGAAAUCAUUCUCCGAAAACUUAGUAGGUACAGUCCACUAUCUUCAGUCCAGGAGCCAGUCUCUCAAAUGUAAUAAGUCCCUGAGCAGUAUCCGAUUGAAACCUCCUGCAAACCAAGAGGGUAGAUAUUCUGUGCAUAACAUUCAAGUUCAUAAGGUAUUAAGUCUGUAGCAGAAACAUGUCCAAUUACUAUCCUGCCCACUUUAUCCUUCAUUACAUUUAAUACUUGUUUCAUAUUUAGUGAAGACUCUUAGCUUGAAAUUUGUUUUCUGCAAACAUCUUGGCCAGAGACGGUGGUCUGAUGAUUCAAGAGCCAUGCACAGAUCCUGGCCAAUUUUCUGCUAUAUUUAAGAUAAGCAUCCUUCAUUGCAGAUCAUCUGCAGCAUGGACAGUGGAGGUAUCACACUUAGCAGAGUGACAGUUGUUAUUUUGAGAUUGCUCAGCAUCAGAGGAGUUGUGGCAUUGGGAAACCUGAGAGAGACAGGCAAAGAAGUGUUUUUUUCUCUUUCAGUACAUGUUGAAAAGUAGGAGCGAUACUUAAGUACAGUACUUGAGUAUAAAUUUGAAUUAUCUGUACUUUACUGGAGUUCUUUUUUGUGCCUGUGGCUUUAAUUUAACGGGGAUAGGGGGCCGAAAGGACCCCCUUUUUCCCUGUCCGCCCUCUCCAGAGCUCUGGGGCGCUCCCGGCGCAUCCGGCUGCUCCGCACCCCCCUCCCUACACAGUUUGACACGACUCAACUUCGAAAUAAAAGAAUUUAACUACGGGCUAGGAAUGGGUCAUUACCAUUGACAAAGUGGUUACUGCACACAUGGGCAUUAUCCGACGCAGCUCCUCCAGACCGUAGGCCAAUUGCUCUCAAUCCAGUCCUUGAGCCCCCCCAUCCUGCAUGUUUUGGAUGUUUCCCUGCUUCAACACACCUGAUUCAAAUAAUCAGCUCGUUAAAAAGCUCUGAAACGGCUUAAUAACGAGCUGAUAACGAGUUUUUUUCCCUGUUCGAUCGAUUCGAGCAGCCGUAAAUGGAGCAAAACAUCGGCAUGUUGCUGGUCUCUAUAGCAGCAACUCACUUCCUGGUCUCCAUCUGUAUUGCCCGCGUGCCGCGUAACACGGAAGUGAUGUCAAGUGAAAACCUCCUAUUGUACAAAUGAAGAGAACCCCUCAAGACAGGACGACGAACAUCUGUGGCCUUACCUCCACUCUUUGUUUAGCUAUGUUGAGGUUAAGGAGGAUUCAUUCAGAAUGAAAUGUCUGCUGUGCACCCCAAGGCAGGUGGAAAUCCUUUCAUAUAAAAAUUUUCCCUCAGGAAACAUGUCAAGGCAAGACCACUAUGCCGUUUGGUUAGCUUAGGUUUACUAACUUAAAUAUAAACUGUUAGCCUUAUUUUCCCCGGAAAAUGUUUUUUUUUUCUGGCUAACAUUGGCAUGCUAGAUUACACAAAAAAUAAAAAUGUAUAAAAAUAUACUUUAUAAUAAAAAAAUGUAAUUCGUACUUUGACUUGACUUUUUACUUACUUUGACUAAUGUACUUGGAGUACAUGUUCUUGAGUACUUUUGAUACUUAAGUAGAGAGAAUGUGUCAUACUUUAAGACUUCAACUCAAGUAGAAUUCUCAUGAGAGACUUUCACUUUGACUUAAGUCAUUUUCUGUUAAGGUAACUAUACUUAAACUAUAUUUAAAAAACUAUACUUAGAGUAGGCCUGUCACGAUAACAAAUUUGCUGGACGAUAAUUGUGCUACAAAUUAUUGCCGAUAAACGAUAUUAUUGACACAGUUUUUUAAAUUAUAGAAAAUUAUAAUAUAUGGCGUAAUAAUGCGAGUACACCAUGUCAAAAGUGAUAAACUUUAAUUUCCGCUGUCUGUCAGCGCGCACCAUUUUGCACUGUUUUGUUUAUAUUUGCUUUGCUUACCAAAUGCUUCAGUAAACGGUACCUGUCAGGACGAUGGCUCCGCAGCACCUCCGGCUGUACUUUUUUUGCUCAGUUGGGAAAAAUGGAGGGGAUGAUUGUGCUUGAGGUGCACAUGCAUGUUCGUCGUAUUCCCCUUCUUUGUCACCACAAUUUUGGAACAAAUACGACAUAUCGGCUCGUCCGUAUUUGUGGGCUCACCUCUUUCAUUUGGUUUAAAGCCGAAAUAUUCCCACACUUGGGCUGUUGCGUUCAGUUUAGACACCAAAGCUGUCGUGUUCAUCCUGUUUGCUUGCUUUUCACUCACGACGCUCACUUGUAGCACUGUAUCCAAAAGUCUGUGUGCCUGUGCGUUAAUGUUAGGUUUGUCUGUUUUGAGCCACUGUAUGCUGACAUGGUUGAUGAGACAUGCUCCCAUUGUAAAUAUGAAGGUAAAUACCACAAAACUGACCGUCAAGUGAUAAAACAAUACCCAUGGAAGUAUACUCGAUUGCCCAGAAUUCAGUCAACAGAUCCCCAUAUCACACUCAAUUUGAUUCAAUUGGCUUUAUUAUCUACUUCCUCUUUAAUUGUCUCUUUGUCGCUGCAUGUUUCUGUUGUGGACCCAAAUAUUUUGCCUUGUCUUUAUCUUUGCAGUGGCCCUUGUGGUUUUAACAGGAUGUGGAGGUGUUUCAACUUAAGCCUGUUUUUAGACCAGAAUAAUCUCUAGCAUUUCAUCAACACAAAACGAUUGUUUUUGUGGGGUUGAGGUGAAAAAGUACCACAGUACAAAUGGAGAAAAAAUCCAAAUGUCUAUAUGAAGUGACAGAAACAGCAUUUCAAACACCACAAAAUGAUAAUUAGAGAUAGAAUGUGAUCCAACCUGAGAUGCAGAGGAAGAAGAAGAAUGAGAAAUUCAACGGGGUGGUGCCACUUGCACAACCUGCUAAACCGGAUUGAGACCUAGGCAACAUGGAGGCUAAUUUAACUCGUGGAACUCCUCUGAUGCCAGCGUUUUUCAUACACAACAAACUGUGACAUACCAUGUGGUCUGCCAGCUUUCUAUCAAAACCAGCAGAAACUCUUUUUUUAAGCAAUUUGGGCUCCAGUAGAUCCUCCGUCAGACUGGACCACAUGGACUGGCCUUUGCUUUCCACGUGGAUUAAUAAGCCUCAGCAGAUCUUUGAAUGUAAACAGGAACUGACUUGGCCUUGCUGUUAAAGCUCAAGCCCUGUAUACAGACACAUGGUUUGACCUCCAGCCAUGACCCUCUUCUACAUUUUACCCAGCUCUUUGCUCCCCACCUUUCCAGUCUCUUCAUAUUCCCCAACCAAGAAAGACUUUUCAGACUUUUUCCACUGAUUCUGGGUGUAAUGUCUGGAUUAUAUUGUCAUAUUUAUCUAUCUGUAAAUUACUUUAUAACUAAACAUGACUCUUCUGGUGUCUAUGGAUAUGGUUCAUCAAAUUGCUUUAAGAGGGGGGUAACAAUAUGAUGAAAAUAUCAUGGAGGGCCAAUAAAGUAAUGGGAAACCAACUAACUGCAGAAAACCUACAACACGUAAAAAAAAUAAAUUAAAAAAAAUCUGAUCUGAAAAAUUCAAUCAAGUUCAAUCAAGAAAAAUGUAAUGACAUUAACAUUAAGGUGCUGGAGACCAGCUGUCUGUCAAAGACGGAGUAAGCAUCAGUGCUGUAAGACUUCAGACACACCCACAGCUUGAAGGCCAGUUGGAAACUGUGUGCCGUCUUUUUUCAUACUCUGGACGGUGGUUGGCGAAAUGGUAUAUGUGAACUCUGUCACCUACUGCUGAACACAGGAUAGAGAGAGAGAAAGAGAGAGAGAAAGAGAGAGAGAGAGAGAGAGGAAGACAGUCUGACACAAGCAAUGAGCAUGUGAUUACAUUUCCUACAGCCGCGUCAUGUUGGCCAAUGUAACGCCACCUGGUCUUUGAAGAGUGGAAAAGCUGUCAGUAUUUUGUCAUUCAGAACAACGACCUGAGCAUGAUGAAAUCUCCAAAGGUUGCCCUGUACCUGACAUGGUUUCUGGGGGAAAUCUGUGAGUUUUUACUGUGCUACUUUUUGACAUUUUUUUUAAUUACAUAUUCCAUCUAAAUUUAAUAUAGUUUAAUUUUAUACCAUGCAAACCCCAGCUGUGAUUUUUGUUUGUUUGUCUUUUUGUUUUCAUCUUAGCUUGGACAUCUGCUCUGAAACCGCCCUCAUCUGUUCGUCAAGAAAGCAGAAACAUUGGAGAGAAUAUAACUUUAAAAUGUGUCGGUGAAGUUGAUGCGAAAGGCGUUCAUUGGUACAAUCAAAAUCUUGGGGAGGAGCUCAGGCUUAUUUCAUCUGUUAAUAAAUAUGGAAGUGAUGAUAGUUUUAAUGGUAAAUUUAAAGACCAUCCUCGAUUCUCGCUGGAGACUCAAAAUGGAAAGAAUGAUUUGACAAUCUUAGAUUUGCAAAGGUCAGACUCAGCAAUGUAUCACUGUAUAAGUAGUAGUUUCUCUGCAUUAGAAAUUUUGGAGACCAUUCAUGUCAGUGUAAAAACUUCAGCUUUGAACAUCCCGGCCAUCAUCCAUCAGUCAGAGUCUGAGACCAUUCAGCUUGGAGGUUCUGUGACCCUGAACUGUACAGUCCAAACUGAAACCUGUGAUGGAGAACAUAGUGUUUACUGGUUCAAAAACUCUGACGAGUCUCAACCAGGACUCCUUUACACCAGUGGAGGCAGAAAUGAGCAGUGUGUGAGAGAAUCAGACUCACAAACACACACCUGUGAAUACAGUUUACCAGUGAAGAACCUGAAUGUGUCUGAUGCUGGGACCUACUACUGCGCUGUCGUCUCAUGUGGACACAUACUGUUUGGAAAUGGGACCAAACUGGACUUUAACGGUAAUAAAUAAUCUCAUCUGAUGUUUGAGCCCCCCAGUUGCGAGGUAAAGAAAAAAAGCGGGAACAUGCAAAUCCAAAUGCCUGGAUCACAAAUCUGAAAUCACAGUUAAAUUAUACUUGCUGAUUCGCCAUUAUGGCUUUGAAUCCAUUAGUAUGAUUUAUAAACCGUAAAUAUGGAUUUGUAAUCUGUGUUCACAGAUUUUCAUGUGCCCCUCUUGUUCCUUGACCUGGCACCUGGGGGGCUCUGUAUAGUUGUAAUAACAUGACUAUAGAGAUAAAAGCUUGUGGCUCCUUUUGUGAUAUCUGACUCUUUUUUAAUAGACAGGGUGAACAGCUCAGUCUUGGUGUUUUUCUUGAGUGGAGCUUUGAUAUUUGCAGCUAUCUUGGUAGUUGUGUUGGCCAUCCUACUGUACAAGUCAAACAAAAGAAACAGUUCCCAAUCUCAAGGUACAGUAACUAACACUUUUUUCUACUAAUGACUCCAUGAGUUUGAAGUUAAAGGGUGUUUUGUGAUUUUUCUAAACUAGAUGAUGUAGCAAGAUUAUCAAGAAACCUGGAGGUAAGAAUCUCCCCUUUCUCUUGUAAAGGUCAAAGAUUAUUUGAAAGUGUUGUAACUUCACAAAACAGUUUGUUCUUCAGACAUUGUUUGAGCUACUUUAACUGUCCAUAUCAUGAGAAAUGUUUGUGUAUCUUUCAUAGGCUCAUAGAGAAGCUGACAACCUCUUUUAUGCUGACGUGAGGGUUAAAAAGCCCAACGCAUCAAGAAGACAGAGAAACACGACCAGCGACGAGUGUGUGUACUCCAGUGUGAAGAAAUAGAAGUCAGAAUAUUUUACUUUUACAACUUUGGUUGGACUGUUUCCUCAUUUCAUGUGGUUAUAUUUCUGAAUUUAGUUACACUCAUUACGGGGUCUUUAAAGCCUCCUGUGAGGAACUUUCUAUUUGUGAUAAUUUUGGAAAAAGUGGUCACACCUUACAUCAUGGCUGGUUCAGUUUUGUUCUUGUAAAUUGGUUUUAUUGACAGAGAAAACUCCUGUUUUAAUUUUACAUCGAAAUUGAUCACUAACUGUAGUUGCCGUGGAAAAAUUAAGACUGUUAAUUCAGAGCACCUACCCCAUUAGAGCAAGUACGACUAUAUAUAAAAAAUAUUAUAGAAAUCGAUAACCUUGUUGUGAACUGUCUUUGAACAUCACAGAGACACAGCACUGUUUGAUUUAGUCUGCUUUGUUCAUGUCCUGAAACUUCUCAUAGGAGUUCAUUUUUUUUGGCAUGUGAAUAAAACCGUACAUUUUUGUUGUUUGUUUGUUUGUUUUUGUUGUUGUUGUUGUUGUUGUUUUUUCAAAGACCUUUUGAAAUAUUUCCUCAUACCUCUACCUGUAUUAGAAACUGUUAAGUUAGUUUUAAUCACUUGACAAUUCACCUUUACAGUCUUUAGUCACAAAGCAAAUACUGAAUUAUGACAUUUAUAUUAGUUAACAUCAAUAAUUCUCAUUAUCAUUAUAUUUUAAGGCAGCAUUUGGUCAGUGAAUUUAUGAUUUAAUUGUUUUUUGAGUGAGCUUUUGGCCUCAGUCCAACAGCUAGUCUCUGUUCAGUCUCCACGACAGCCCUGGAGGUUGUUGACUGCCUAGUAAGUCCAUGUCCAAUAAGGGAUAGAAGCUCAUCUAUCUGCUCUCAUCCUGAAGUAUCGGUGAUGGUGCUGGCUGUCCAGCCUCAGCGUAGCCAAGAGAGGGUAAAAGUCUCCUUGUUGUUGUCUUUGUUGGUUAAGGGGAUGCACCCACAGCCUCAUCCCUCUUCUUUUUCUUUUCUCAGCCAUGACCAUCAGAAGAACAAAAGUUUUUUCCUCCUGCUCUCAGACACUGUACGUACACUGAAGAAACAAUUAUUUGUUUAUUAGAAUGUAAUAAUUUACAAUUGAAAAAUGAUAAAAGAAAUGAACCUAAAUGAAAGAAAACUGGUCUGGUGGUUUACCUUGAAAUCUGCAGAGACUCCAUGAGAAAAUACCAGAAGGCAGAGAAGUUUUUAACUCAUUUUAUUAACAAGGUUAUAGACAUCAGGCAUCUCUCUCUGCAUUCAUAAGUAGGGAAGUUCAGCACUAUUUCAGCAGUUUUGAACCAGUGUCCUUACCCUUUUUAUCUGAUAUUUUAGCCCACAUGAAACAAGCUACAUGCAGUCUUGAUUUUAUACCCACUAGAUUUCUCAGAGGUUUGUAACGCGGUUGGGCCCAGCAUUUUAUCUAUUAUUAAUAGUCCUGGUAGAGGGAGUAUUUCCCUCUGCUUUUAAACACGGUGUGGUCCAACCCCAUUUAAAGAAGCCAAACCUUGACCCCUGCGGUGAGACGCGUCCGCUUCCUGCUCUAUUUUGGUUUAACUUCUGGUUGUUUUCCUUGUUUCCCUGGUCUGGCUUGACUGUUUUCAGAGCACGCUCCCUCUCCCCGGUUGCUGAGGCUGAGCAAGACUCCAUUCCUGCGCUGCAUUUGCCAUCAAGGCCCUUUAAGAAUCCAGCAGCCCUCAGUCUCACAACUGAGUAUUGUCUUCACUCCUGAGUGGUACAGACACUUCUCCUGGCCUUCUCCUCGGCUAAGUGCUUGUGACUUUUGCUCCCUGUGAAUCCUCGUAUGACUUCUAACCUCAUUCUCUUCUGUUUGUCCACAGUGUCUCCAGCCCACACAACAGUCAGCCAGCCAACCGGACUUUCCUUGUGCCUUUUACCUUGUGUUUCAGACAUAAAAAAAUACAUUUUUAACUUGCUACCUGCCUCUGAGUCUGCUUCUGGGUCCACAAAAUACGCCACAUGCCACAACCUCUCUGAUUUUAACAAUUUCAGACCAAUUUCAAAACUUCCAUUUUUAUCCAAACUUUUAGAGAAGGUUUUAUGUUUUAUGUCUGAAAACAACCUCUUUGAGUCUAGUUUUAGAGCAGGUCACAGCACUGAGACUGCCCUCCUCCGUGUGACCAAUGACCUUCUUUUUGCAGCAGCUUGAGGGGAGGGCUCAAUUUUAAUUCUUUUAGAUUUCAGUGCAGCUUUUGAUAGAGUUGAUCAUGCUAUUUUAAUUGAGCAUCUGAAAAACUGGAUGGGUAUCAGGGGCACUGCACUUGGUUGGUUUCAGUCGUAUCUUUUAGAGCAAACUUUUCGGUCACCAUAGGCAAUCACACCCCCUCUACUUCUGCUAUCGCCUGUGGUGUACCGCAAGGUUCAGCUUUAGGUCCAGUUUUGUUUUCUAUCAACAUGCUGCCCCUCGGCCAAUUAAUUCAGCGCCACAAAGCCUCCUUUCACUGCUAUGCAGAUGACACACAGAUAUACGUUUCUUUGAGACCUGAGGAUCCAAGAGGCCUAGCUGCUGUCAUAGACUGUCUAAGUGACAUUAAAAGUUGGAUGGCACAAAAUUUUCUUCAACUAAAUUAUUCAAAAUUUGAAAUAAUUCUCUAUAACAUACAUAACAUACAACAUACAUAAAAUACUGUCUUGUCUUGGUCCACAUUCAGCAAUCAUCAAACCAAUAGCCAGAAAUCUGGAAGUAAUUUUUGAUUCGGAGCUCACCUUCUCCACCCACAUCAAUAAGAUCAUCCAGUCCUGCUUUUUUUCACCUGCGCUCAAUUUCAAAGAUUAAACAAAUACUUACCCCACCAGAUCUCAAAAAAAUAAAGCACGCUUUAAUUUUUUCAAUGCUGGACUACUGUAACUCUCUCCUCCCUGGUCCAAAUAAGAAAUCACUCUCCUGCUUCCAACUAGUUCAAAAUGCAGCAGCUAGUCUUUUAACUGCAUUUAGUAGACGGCAUCACAGCACUCCAAUUUUAGCCUCCCUGCAUUGGCUUCCCGUCAGUUUUAGAAUUAAUUUUAAGAUGUUAUUGAUUACUUUUAAAGCACUCAAAGGAGUUGCUCUGAGCUACAUUUCAGAGCUUUUAAUACCUUAUGAGCCAACUCACAGCCUCAGAUCUUCUGGCGAAGUCGAGGCUCAAAACUAAAGGUGAUAUGUUGCACGUUCUUGUAUUGUCUUGGUUCCUUAUGACAUGAAAAUGGCCUUCAAUUCUGUUUUUACUGAGCAUUUUGUUUUCGUCUAUCUUUUUCCAUGUGCUCUAUGACUACAUGUCAAAGACCUUUGUAAACAUCUGUUUUUUAAAAGUACUAUACAAAUAAGUUAUUAUUAUUAUUAUUAUUAUUAUUAUAUUUUUAUGUAUGUCCAUAUACACAGAAUAAGCACACGUGUGUACAGAAUGUACAUAUAAAUGUGUUUUAUUGCAGACUGAAGUUUUUUUGUGGAGUCCGACAGUUGCAGGAAGGAAUGACCUGCGAUACCUCUCCCUCACACACUUUGGGUGGAGCCUCCUGUCCCUUAAGGAGCUCCUCAGUGCAGUGAGUGUGUGUUGGAGGGGGUGAGAGUCUCUGUCCAGUAUGGAGGACAGCUUGGCUGUAAUCCUCCUCUCCCCAUCCUCCUCAACUAGUUCCAGAGAGCAUCCCAGGACAGAGCUGGCCUUCUUUAUGAGUUUGUCCACCCUCGUCCUGUCAGCUGCUGUGAUGCUGCUCCCCAAGCAGACAACUCCAGAUGAAAUAGUAAAGGCCAUUACAGAGUCAUAGAAGGUCUUCGGGAGUGCCCCCCCGCACCCCAAAAGACCUCAGCCUCCUGAGCAGAUACACUCUGUCCUUUUCUGUAAAGUGCAUUGGUGUUAUGAGUCCAGUCCAAUUUGUAUUCAGGUGAACACCCAGGUACUUCUAUAUCAGAAGCUGCUAUUUUUCUGUUGGUGUAGUGAACACACGUCAGCCGUCUGUACUCCUGCAGAGAGUCCUGGAGAUUGAACUAUAAGCUGUGGGAGUUCAGCCCAUAUUAUUUGCCUGUUUCCUUCACAGCUGACCAGAUGAGAAGACAGUUGAUGAGACUCCUCAUAGGAAAGACUGUGGGUCCAUGAAGGUGUCAGCCCUAUUGUGCUCUAAGCCUGUCCCCCAAGCUCUGUGGAGCGCUUCAUCAUGAUCCCGAGUCUUCAAGGAGUCCCAGUGCUGUGGAAGACAUCCUGCGUUGUUCUAGUGCUGAAGAAUAUGGACUACAGCCCAGUGGGGUUGAUGUCUUACAUAAUGAAGAUCCUGUAGAGACUCAUCCUAGAAUAGCUGAGGCUCAGGGUCAGACACCUCCUGAAUCUGCCCCAGUUUGCCUACCAGCCCCACCUUGGAGUAGAGAAUACCAUCACCUUCCUGCUGAACCGUGUCUACACUCAACUAGACAAACCAGAGAUAAUGUUGUUUUACAUCUCCAGUGCUUUGAACACCAUCAGGCUGUCUCUACUGGCGGAGAACCUGACAGCGAUGCAGGUGGAAGCUCCUCUUUAGUCUUUAAUUGUUGGUGAUUUGACUGGCAGAUUGCAGUUCCUACACUAACAACACUGUGUGUCAGACAGAGUGGUCAGCAACACCAAGGCCUGCAGGGAACAGUCCUGUUUCUUUUUCUUUCCACCCUCUACACCACAGACUUGAACUACAACACAGAGUCCUGACACCUUCAGAAGUUCUCUGAUGACUGGAAAAGUUGGAUGCAUCAAGAAUGGUGAUGAGGCUGAAUCCAUUUAUUAAAUUUCCCUUUGGGGAUCAAUAAAGUCCUUCUUAUCUUAUUUUGCAGGACUAAGGGGGGUAACUUGGUAUGAGCCACAUGGUAUGAACAGAACUAUCUCUAAUUCAAUGUGACAAAAACUAAGGAACUGAUUGUGGAUCUGCAAAGGACAAAGGCACCAGUGACCCCUGUUUCCAUUCAGUGGGUCAGUGUGGACAUUGUGGAGGGCUCCAAGUACAUUAGGGUGUACUCAUAAUCUGUAUAUACUAUGGACAACCUAGUUCCGCCUACCGCCUGUAUACAGAUUUGCAGUAGCAUUGUGCGCAUUCGGCUGCGCAGUUGCAAAGAGUCACUGUGAUGACGCUCGGCUCAAACAGCAUAUCCCCCGGGAGAGCUACUCAAUCCCUGAACGCCCAUAGGCUGUAUCAGGUGUCAAUCAUAGAAAACAUGAACCCCCUAAUAACUUUUAAAAACAGAGCUUCACAGAAAAAAAGAGGACUUGAGCACAAACCAGUCUUACAAUAACUACAUGUCAACAUCACAAGCAGGGGGGAGAAAAAUUUAUAUUCUGUGUAAUAAAUUUAUAAAGUUUGUCCACCGUUCCAUAAGCUUUGCUGGCGGAGGCGGGAUUUAUGACCUAUACUGCAGCCCAUCAACAGAGGGUGCUGUUCCCGGAGUGGCUUCACCCUGCGAGGAGGCAGACAGCGUCCAUUCUAUAUACAUUCUAUAUACAGUCUAUGGGUGUACUUGGAUAACAAACUGGACUGGUCUAAGAACUCUGAAGCUGUCUACAAGAAGAGCCUAAGUCCUCUGUACUUCCUAAUGAGGCUGAGGUCCUUUAACAUCUGCAGGACCAUGCUGAGGAUGGUCUUUGAGUCUGUAAAGUUCAGUGUGAUCCUUUUUUUUCUGUUGUGUGCUGCAGCAGCAGACUGAGGGUAGCAGAUUCCAACAGACUCAACAAACUCAUCAUAGAGGACAGUGACGUUGUGGGGUAGAGCUGGACUCUUUGACGAUGGUGAUAAAGAGUAGGGUUUUGUCAAAGUUACAUGUAAUCUUGGAUAGCACCCACCACUCACUCUAUAAAAUCCUGGUUAAAUAAAGAAGCACAUUCAGUGACUGACUCAUUCCCCCUUAAUGCACCAAAGAGCAUUACAGGAAGUCUUUCUUACCCGUGGUCAUCAAACUUUAUAACUCCUCCCUCUGAGUAGCUCACACUCUGACUGUCUCUGGACUUAUUUCUACUGCAGUAACUGUAAGCUUCUCCACUUCAAAUAAUUAUAUUCAACUGUGCAAUCUCUUUGUGAACGAGUUAAAACUUCAGUAUUCUAAGAGUGCAGUACUAAUAAUACAAAGUUGAUCAAGCUACACCGUGCAAUCCUGCAAACUGAUAUUAUAUGCAUGACUUCCUACUCUCUGAGCUUGUACAAGGGUUAUUUUUUUAAACACAUUAGUUCAGAAACACAAAGGCACAGAGAAACAACACCCUCUAACAAGAAAGUGCAUGGGUGCCAAGAGACAUCACCACGUGUGGGAAGAAGGCCCACUGAUGGUUGGGUUUACUCUCUCUUAACACUCUGUCUGGGUUGGAAACCAGUGCGCUCAGACCUUUUACCAUCACUGGGUGUGAAUGAGAUAGAAAAACCUCAACAACAGACACACAGUACUGCAGCUCACAACAGUGAGCAUGUGAUUAUUUCCUAUAUCAAAUGAGACUACUACAUGUCAGCCAAUGAAAAGGCAGCCUGUUCUGUUAAGAAGAAGGAAACAGUCAGUUUUCUUUUAUUCAGUACGACGACUGAAGAACGAUGACAUCUCUGAAGAUCGUCUUCACAUGUUUGGUCCUGGGAGAAAUCAGUAAGUUGGCUUUUUCUCUUAUGAGCCUCUUAUUUCAAUCAAACCAUAACAAAUAACUACAUUGAUGUCUUCUCUCUUUUCACAUCAGCUCAGACAAAUGAUCUAAAAUCUUCUUCACCUGUUUGUGAAGAAAGCAGAGAAACUGGAGAGGAUAUAAAUUUAAAAUGUGUCAAAGGUUAUGGUGCUACACAGGUUUUCUGGUAUAAGAAAACUCUUGAUGAGGAGCUCAGGCUUAUCUCAUCUGUCUACUAUGGAACAAUUACUUUUCAGGGUGAAUUUAGGAACAAUCGACGAUUCUCAAUGGAUGCUCAAAAUAUCAACAAUCAUUUGACAAUCUCAGAUUUGAAAGGGUCAGACUCAGGUACUUAUUACUGUUUAGGCUACAGCCGCCAAAAACUGGAAUUUUUGGAGACCAUUCAUGUCAGUGUGAAGAGCUCAAAUUUGAACAUCCCAGCUGUGGUCCAUCCGUCAGAGUCUGAGACCAUCCACCAUGAAGGUUCUGUGACUCUGAACUGUACAGUCCAAGCUGAGACCUGUGAUGGAGAACACAGUGUUUACUGGUUCAAAAACUCUGAAGAGUCUCAACCAGGACUCCUUUACACCAGUGGAGGCAGAAAUGACCAGUGUGUGAGAGAACCAGACUCACAAACACACACCUGUGAAUACAGUUUACCAGUGAAGAACCUGAAUGUGUCUGAUGCUGGGACCUACUACUGCGCUGUCGUCUCAUGUGGACACAUACUGUUUGGAAACGGGACCAAACUGGACUUUAAAGGUAAUAAAUAAUCUCAUCUGAUGUUUUAGCCCCCCAGUUGUCAGGCCAAGAAAAAAAAAGGGGGAACAUGCAAAUCCAGGUGCCUAGAUUACAAAUCUGAAUUCACAGUUUAUUAAUGAUACUUGCUGAUUCGCCAUCAUGGUGUGCAUGGUUUUAAAUCCAUUAGUAUGAUUUGCAAACUGUGAAUUCAGAUUUGUAAUCUGUGUUCACAGAUUUUCAUGUGAGCCUCUUUUUCCUUAACCUUGCACCUCGGGGGGACUCCAUAUAGUUGUAAUAACAUGACUAUAGCGAUAAAAGCUUGUGGCUCUUUUUCUGAUGUCUGACUCUUUUUUAAUAGACGGGUUGAACAGCUCAGUCUUGGUGUUUUUCUUGAGUGGAGCUUUGACAUUUGCAGCUAUCUUGGUAGUUGUGUUGGCCAUCCUACUGUGCAAGUCAAACAAAAGAAACAGUUCCCAAUCUCAAGGUACAGUAACUAACACUUUUUUUUUCUGCUAAUGACUCCAUGAGUUUGAAGUUAAAGGGUGUUUUGUGAUUUUUCUAAACUAGAUGCUGUAGCAAGAUUUUCAAGAAACCUGGAGGUAAGAAUCUCCCCUUUCUCUUGUAAAGGUCAAAGAUUAUUUGAAAGUAUUGUAAAUGUAUAAAACAGUUUGUUCUAUGAUUUGAGCUACUUUAACUGUCCAUAUCAUGAGAAAUGUUUGUGUAUCUUUCAUAGGCUCAUAGAGAAGCUGACAACCUCUUUUAUGCUGAUGUGAGGGUUAAAAAGCCCAACGCAUCAAGAAGACAGAGAAACACAACCAGCGAGUGUGUGUACUCCAUUGUGAAGAAAUAGAAGUCAGAAUACUUUACUUUUACAACUUUGGUUGGACUGUUUCCUCAUUUCAUGUGGUUAUAUUUCUGAAUUUAGUUACACUCAUUAUGGGGUCUUUUAAAGCUCCUGUGAGGAACUUUCUAUCUGUGAUGAUUUUGGAAAAAGUGGUCACCCUUACAUCAGGGCUGAUUCAGUUUUGUUCUUGUAAAUUGGUUUUAUUGACAGAGAAAACUCCUGUUUUGAUUUUACAUCGAAAUUAAUCAGUCACUGUAGUUGCUGUGAAAAAAUUAACCAAGACUGUUAAUUCAGAGCACCUACCCCCUUAGAGCAAGUACGAGUAUAUAAAAAAUAUUAUAGAAAUCGAUAACCUUGUUGUGAACUGUCUUUGAACAUCACAGAGACACAGCACUGUUUGAUUUAGUCUGCUUUGUUCAUGUCCUGAAACUUCUCAUGGGAGUUAAUUUUUUUUUUUUUUUUUUUUUUUUGGCAUGUGAAUAAAACCGUACAUUUUUGUUGUUUGUUUGUUUAUUUUUGUUGUUGUUUUUUCAAAGACCAUUUGAAAUAUUUCCUCAUACCUCUACCUGUAAUACAAACAGUUUAGUUAGUUUUAAUCACUUGACAAUUCACCUUUUAAGUCUUUAGUCACAAAGCAAAUACUGAAUUAUGACAUUUAUAUUAGUUAACAUCAAUAAUUGUCAUAAUCAUUAUAUUUUAAGGGAGCAUUUGGUCAGUGAAUUUAUGAUUUAAUUGUUUUUUGAAUGAGCUUUUGGCCUCAGUCCAACAGCUAGUCUCUGUUUAGUCUCUACGACAGCCCUGGAGGUUGUUGACUGCCUAGUCCAUAUCCAAUAAGGGAUAGAAGCUCAUCUAUCUGCUCAGCAGUCAUCCUGAAGUAUCGGUGAUGGUGCUGGCUGUCCAGCCUCAGCUUAGCCACAAGAUGGUAAAAGUCCCCUUGUUGUUGUCUUGGUUGGUUAAGGGGAUGCACCCACACCCACAGCCUCUUCCCUCUUUUUUUUUCCAACUUCCCUCUUUUUAAUGUAAUCAUUUAGUCUUUAGUAAUCCAACAAGACCAACAAAAUCACUCAGCCUUUACACAACUGAAAUUUUAACUUUUUACUUUGUGUUACAUCACAAAAAUACACAAAUGGGCUUUGCUUGGUUGACAUACUUAAAAUUCAAACAUGAAGACUUGAAAUGUUUCAGAUUACUCACCCAUGAUAGAAACACACCAAUCACAGAACAAUUAUCACAGAAACAAUUAAUCACAUUAUGUUAUGCCAAGUAAACCCCUUUGAGAUCUGUUCUCCUAUAUGUUAGGUUCUCAUUGUGUGGUUUCAAUAUUCUAAUGUGAUCCUGUAGCUCUGCAGCUCUCGUCUGCUGCGACACUCCAAACAAGCUUCCAGUGGGUGAUGACGUGCACUAUCUGACAGAGGCCGAACGUGACAUAACCAACCUGCAUCCCGUGGAUUAUCGGCUUCAGAGUCAUUAUUGCUUAUUUCAGCUUUCUUUCUGCUCCACCUCAAAUGUCCCAAAGUCAGCCCAGCCCCAUCCCUGGGACAUGAUUGGCUGUUUGUUGUCCCUUUUUUCUUAUAUUAGUUAUAUGAUGUGUAUAUCAACUCAACAGAGAAAAGCUGACAGCUGUAAACAUUCGUGUCAAGAAAAAAGAAAAAGGAGGCUCUUUAGUUUCCAUUCAAGAAACACAGAGGCAAAGGGUAACAACUCCCUCCUGCCAAAGAUGUGCACUCAUGCUGUGUGUCACAGUAAAUGUGUGACUGUGUUUCCUAAGAGAAGAUAAAGUAAGUUAAGAUAUUCCUUUAUUAGUCCCACAAGGGGAAGUUCUAAAUUUACACCAGGGAUAAAUACAAAAGCGAGAUUAAAGACAGACUCUGAUGAAAAUCAUGUUUUUCUUGUUCUCUACAUGUUCAUACAAGGGUUUUUUUCUGAUGCUACAUAACAUGUCAUGAGAAAUAUAAGUGCGCAGUUUCAUUUCUGAGUAUUUCUGCAUUCAAAUCGCUGUGAAUCUCUGACAGACCCAAUCGGCAGGUUCAGAAACAGUGAGAUUUCCUACGUAGCAAAUCCAAACUCUGACCCCCGGAGCUCUGCUAUGCAGGUCACACUCAGAGAAAUAGAGAUGAUGAUCGCGGAACAAGCACGUGCAGACAAUGCAGACAAUAGCAGAUUGCAAAGCUCGUAAGAAGGCUAGUUAUGAAAUUACCUUUCAUCAAGUUCCUCAAGACAUUAGUAUCUGUGAGCUGAAUAGCUCCUAUGUUACCUGCAACUUCUGCUGCACAAGCAAUGUUAGGCUACAAGCUAGUGUGAAGACGAGUGUGCAGGGCAGCGCUGUCACCACCCACAACUCAGUGACGAAUUGCUUAUGAGCAACUGGAGCUCUGCGGAGGAAGAGGCCCUGAAAAUGACACUAGUAUUGGCUAAAAAAUUCAUAAUCACAAUUUAAUGACCACUGAGAACGCGUCAAGUUGUAAAUAACAAUGACUGGGGUGGGACUUUAAAGAAUAAAGAAAUUUAAGAGUUAAAAGAUAUAAAAAAAGAUAAAUACAUGAGUGUCAUUUACAGCUGCUAUGAACAUAUUAAUAUGUUACAAUUGAAAAAUGGAAAAAGAAAUGAAUGUAAAUGGAAGAAAACUGGUCUGGUGGUUUACCUUGAAAUCUGAAGAGACUCCAUGAGAAAAUACCAGAAGGCAGUUAAGGAUGCAAGGGCAGCAUUUUACUGUGAUUUGAUUUUAGCUAAUUAUUUGAACCCCAGAGUUUUAUUUAAGGUUUUAGAGUCGCUUUCCAACCCCCCUCCCUCUUAUUUUACUGAUGCUUCUCAAGACACCUGCAAGAAGUUUUUAACUUAUUUUUUUAACAAGGUUAUAGACAUCAGGCAUCAAAUCACUUCUCCCAGUCGCUCUGUAUUCAUAAGUGCAGAAGUUCAGCACUAUUUCAGCAGUUUUGAACCAGUGUCCUUACCCUUUUUAUCUGAUAUUUUAGCCAAAAUGAAACCAGCUACGUGCAGUCUUGAUUUUAUCCCCACUAGAUUUCUCAAAGAGGUUCUUAACGCGGUUGGGCCCAGCAUUUUAUCCAUUAUUAAUAGUCCUGGUAAAGGGAGUAUUUUCCUCUGCUUUUACACACAGUGUGAUCCAACCCCUUUUAAAGAAGCCAAACCUUGACCCCUCUGAUUUUAACAAUUUCAGACCAAUUACAAAACUUCCAUUUUUAUCCAAACUGACUGCCCUCCUCUGUGUGACCAAUGACCUUCUUUUAGCAGCAGAUAGAAGGGAGGGCUCAAUUUUGAUUAUUUUAGAUCACAGUGCAGCUUUUGAUACAGUUGAUCAUGCUAGUCUGAAAAACUAGAUGGGUAUCAGGGGCACUGCACUUGGUUGGUUUCAGUGGUAUCUUUUACAGCGAACCUUUUUGGUCACUAUAGGCAAUCACACCUCCUCUACUUCUGCUAUCGCCUGUGGUGUACCGCAAGGUUCAGCUUUAGGUCCAAUUUUCUCCAGGCCUAGCUGCUGUCAUAGACGGUCUCAGUGGCAUUAAAAAUUGGAUGGCACAAAAUUUUCUUCAACUAAAUUAUUCAAAAUCUGAAAUAUUUCUCUGUAACAUACAAAACUCCCCCCUCAUACAGUCUUGUCUUGGUCCACAUUCAGCAAUCAUCAAACUAAUAGCCAGAAAUCUGGAAGUAACCUUCGACUCAGGCCUAACCCUCUCCACCCAUACCAAUAAGAUCAUCCAGUCCUGCUUUUUUUCACCUGCGCUCCAUUUCAAAGAUUAAACUAAUACUCACCCCACCAGAUCUCAAAAAAAUAAAGCACGCUUUCAUUUUUUCAAGGCUGGACUACUGUAACUCUCUCCGCCCUGGUCCAAAUAUGAAAUCACUCUCCCGCCUCUAACUAGUUCAAAAUGCAGCAGCCAAGCUUUUAACUGGUUUUAGUAGAUGGCAUCACAUCACAUCAUUUUAAAGCACUCAAAGGACUUGCUCCAAGCUACAUUUCAGAGCUUUUUAAAACCAUAUGAGCCAACUCGCAGCCUCAGAUCCUCUGGCGAAGGCCUCCGGGUCGUUCCAAAGUCGAGACUCAAAACUAAAGGUGAUAGAGCUUUCUCAAUCAGAGCUGCUUGACUUUGGAACGACCUGUCAAAAGAAGUGACUGUCUCUACUACACAAGCCCAAACAAAGCGUGCUACAACAUUGGAUGGUAGAAACCAACUAGAAAGUACAGAAAAAACAAGCAAGAAAACAAAGUAAAUACUGGAGACCCUGGCAGAUUGACAAGUUCUUAAAACAAAGAUAGACAGGUCAAGAGCUUAGAAGCCGGCAACAUCAGCAUAAAUGAUGGGGGAGGCUUCAAGAUCUUACAGACCCUGUAACCUUUCUGCUGGAAACAACAAAGUAAGCCAAGUGUCUGUAACAGAAGUGUUUCUUGUCAAACAGGACCUGCUGCAUGUUGUAGCGCUGCUAAACCUUUGACCUCCAUUCCUGGACUAUGUCCCUUUAUGCUAGUUUUAGAAGUCCUGCAAACAUUGUGUUUGCUGGUAGUCUGUUGGCAUCUACAGUAGCACCAAAGUUUUUUUACUUUCACAUUGACUGGGCUCCAUUUGUAAUUAUCUGGAGUAUUUAUCUGCAUUAUAUCUGAACUGAAUUGGAACGAUACGAGCGAGCACGAGCGGGCUGUUUGUAGGCGGGGCUUGCUGGAGCAGAGAGGGAGGGGAGAGGAGAAGUUGAGGGGAAAACUGGUUGGGAGGGGUAGUGUUCACAUUCAACAUUUCUCCCUAAAAACUGGCACUUCCUUAGAUCUUGCCUACCCCACCUUUAAAUGAAGGCUAAAUAAUAAAAACCUUCCUGCUGAAGCGUGUAUAUGCUCACCUGGACAAAACCAGAGAGCACUGUGAGGGUCAUGUUGUUUUACCUCUCCAGUGCUUUGGACACCAUUACCCCCAAUUUCUAUCGCAUUGGAACUGCUCUGCUGUAGAAUGGCAGAAAUUUUCACCAUCUGCCAAUUCCUUCUGGAUGCGUUUGUGAAGUGAAUUUCGUGGUAAAUUUCAGACAGCAGGAAUGACGAGGACUCACAAGAAUCUGCAAAUUCACAUGCAAUCACACGAUAAUUAGUUGUCUCUAUAAAGAUAGCCACAUUGCCAUAUGAGCAGCAGAUUGUGUCCUUCCAGAGGAGAACAUCCACUCUGUCCAGACAACAUAUAUUGGUACUAGGUUGUAACUUACCAUCCAGUCCCAUUAAUCCUGGGAUGGAAUACAUAAGGGAUGAGACCGGUCAUAAAUUAUUUGGUGAUUUUGGACUUCCAGGAUCAGCAUCUCCCUAUCCAUGGUGUCAACGGGGUGAGAUGCAGUCUGAAAACCUUUGACUUGUUCAUUCCCGCCCACGUUUGCAUAGUGUGAAAUACGAUCCACCUGAAAAGAAAUCGAAUGUUUUAUUUUGUGUCUGUGUCUGACUUAUUUUCUAGAACAGGCUAAUCUGAACGGAAUUUGUGUGGCAUGCUGCACUGCUGGAAAAAAUAGAACCCUGGUGAUUGGCUACGAAGCCCACUGAAGCGCAGGGUGCCAGAAAGAGGCUGGUGGAAAUUGGAGACAAUGGGCUCUAUUUUUGUGCCUCGCCGAAGACGUGCCCCAGGCGCAGUGUAAGUCAGGUCCACCGCGCCGACAAGGCGUUCCCAAGCACAAUUUGGAAUUUUGGUGUAAGAAUCGUGGCGUAAGUAUCCCCCCUCCCUAACUCAGCUCCUCCAAGCGGCAUAAGUAAUAGCGAAGGAGGAGAGAGGGUGUGGAGUGGGUUUGACACAGCCGAGACCUGUUUUCACCAAUCACAUAAGCUCCUCUCCUUGCCUUUAAAUCCGCCACCGGCGAGGCGUAUUACUAUUUUUGUGAAGCAGUCAAAGAGAUCAAGAUAUGUCUGAAGACAGUAUUGCCACACGAUGGCGACAGAGGGCAGCUCCUCAACAAGUGUCGCUGUAAGCGCUGCAUUGGGCGUCCUCCACACUCUCUCAUAUGAGCACAGAUGGAUUUGGUGUGUGUACGUCUGGACCCACUGGUAAGACAAACACCCUUUUCCACAAAUAAAGACACUCACAUAAAGUUGCACAUAUUCAAACCUCACGUGACAAAGGUGGGUUGUGCGCACAGAUCACAACAUGAACUCCAUGGCAUUAAAAUCGGAACCAUCUGGGCGUAUAUGACGCAUCACGCUCCGUGGCCUGGCUCUUUCUUUCAUAGAUGUUGGCAUAUAAAAUAACUUUGGCUCACUAAACUGAAUAUCAUAUUAUGAACUAUUAUAUUAUAUUAUAUUAUAUGUGAACUAGUUAAAACUUCAAUAUUCUAAGAGUGCAGUACUAAUAAUACAGAGUUGAUCAAGCUACACCGUGCAAUCCAGCAAACUGUUAUCAUAUGCAUGACUUCCUACUCUCUGAGCUUGUACAAGGGUUAUUUUUUUAAACACUGUGUUUGGAAAACAGCUUUAUUUACUUCCUAACAAGGAAGUGCACUGGUGCAAAAAGACAUCAAACACACAUGACCAGAAGGCCCAAUGAUGGUUGGCUUUAAUCUUUUUUUAUACUCUGUCUGGGUUGGAAACCAGUGAGCUCAGACCUUUUACCAUCACUGGGUGUGAAUGAGAUAGAAAAACCUCAAUAACAGACACACAGUACUGCAGCUCACAACGAUGAGCAUGUGAUUAUUUCCUAUAUCAAAUGUGACUACUACAUGUCAGCCAAUGAAAAGUUAGCCUGUUCUUUUAAGAGGCGGGAAACAGUCCGUUUUCUUUCAUUCAGUACGACAUCUGAAGCACGAUGACAUCUCUGAAGAUCGUCUUCACAUGUUUGGUCCUGGGAGAAAUCAGUAAGUUGUGUUUUUCUCUUAUGAUCCUCUUAUUUCAAUCAAACCAUAACAAAUAACUACAUUGCUGUCUUCUCUCUUUUUACAUCAGCUCAGACAAAUGCUCAAAAAUCUUCUUCAUCCGUUUUAGAAGAAAGCAGAGAAACUGGAGAGGCUAUAAGUUUAAAAUGUGUCAAAGGUUAUGGUGCUACUCAAGUUUCCUGGUAUAAGAAAACUCUUGAUGAGGAGCUCAGGCUUAUCUCAUCUGUCUACUAUGGAACAAUUAUUUUUGAGGGUGAAUUCAGGAACAAUCGACGAUUCUCAAUGGAUGCUCAAAAUACAAACAAUCAUUUGACAAUCGACGAUUUGAAAGGGUCAGACUCAGGAACUUAUCACUGUUUAGGCUUCAACGGCCAAAAAGUGGAAUUUUUGGAGACCAUUCAUGUCAGUGUGAAAAGCUCAAGUUUGAACAUCCCAGCUGUGGUCCAUCCGUCAGAGUCUGAGACCAACCAGCCUGGAGGUUCUGUGACUCUGAACUGUACAGUCCAAGCUGAGACCUGUGAUGGAGAACACAGUGUUUUGUGGUUAAAAAACUCAGACGAUUCUCAACCAGGGGUCCGUUUCACGUAGGUGGUUCAACAAACUCUGAGUUAAAUCCUUAACUCUGAGUUGAUCUACUCUGAGUUCGGAAACUCUGAGUUUCCGGUUUCACAACACCUGAUUUGAGACGGUUUUAACAACUCCGAGUAGUUUGACCUGGAGUUAAGCACGUGCACGCCAGACAUAAACAGCCAGCAUCUGUGGAGCGCAGAUUCAAUGAUCAACCAAUGGAAACAGGGAGAAGGAGGGGGCAGCAGCAAGCCAACAGCGAAUGACAGCACGUUUUUAAAAGAAAGUGCAAUACAGCAGCAGCUGCAAAGGAGAGGGACAGGGCUUGGGAGGAAAUCGCUGCUCGCGUCAAUGCGUAACUUUAAAUCUAGUCUCGUGCAAACACAAUGACAGACUGUUGCAGGGAAACUGCUUGAAUCAUUUUGAUCAUGUUUUACAUUGUCAAGUAAGUAUUAAGUGGCAGUUUGAUCCCUUAGAAAAUGCUCUUUUCACACUCAAAAAUGAAUUUUACUCUCUUAUGAUGUUCCGUUAAAUGAUUAGGAAUAUUAAACUAACUCUCAGUAUGUAUAUGUACAUAUAUUAAACUAACACACACUACACUCAAUAUUAGACUUUCACUCAGCAAACAGAAAGAGGGCAGAUGCCAGAAAAACGGGUGGUGGCCCAGCAGCCCCAUCUUUAACGGAGGCAGAGGAGCUGCCCCCCCCCCUUAGACGAUCGCAACCCCCACCCCGUAGCAGCGAUCGUCGGACUAGUGUGUGUGCGUGUGUGUGUGUGUGUCUGUGUGUGUCUGUGUGUGUGUGUGUGUGUGUGUGUGUGUGUGUGUGUGUGUGUGUGUGGGGGGGGGGGGGGGGGGGGAUUUGCGAUCGGACCGGCCGCGAUCGUCGAACGGGGUGGGGUGGGGGGCAGCUCCUCUGCCUCCGUUAAAGGUGGGGCUGCUGGACCACCACCCGUUUUUGUGUUAGUUUAAUAUUCCUAAUCAUUUAACGGAACAUAAUAAGAGAGUAAAAUUCAGUUUUGAGUGUGAAAAGAGCAUUUUUUAAGGGAUCAAACUGUCACUUAAUACUUAGUCGACAAUGUAAAACAUGAUCGAAAUGAGAAAAUGCCGAUGUCUCACCUGAAACUCUGGGUUUACUGAGUUAAACCUGCUCCCGAGCAGGUUAGGUUCACGGAGUCUGUUACUGUGGUAACUGACCGCGAGGUUGAGUUACCUCUCUUUGUGAAACAGGUUAGAGUUACCCCUCUCUCCCUGGUUUAACUAACCCUCCUUUGUGAAACGGAAAACUCAGAGUUUCCCUGAUUUCAGGGUUAACAAACUCGGAUUUUCCACUAAACCUGCUACGUGAAACGGACCCCAGGACUCCUUUACACCAAUAGAGGCAGAAAUGAGCAGUGUGUGAGAGAACCAGACUCACAAACACACACCUGUGAAUACAGUUUACCAGUGAAGAACCUGAAUGUGUCUGAUGCUGUGACCUAUUACUGUGCUGUCAUCUCAUGUGGACACAUACUAUUUGGAAACGGGACCAAACUGGACUUGGCGAGUAAGUACAAAGUUUUGGAGACAAAAAUGAUAAUUGAGGCAUAAACCUCUCUGUAAUUACAGUAAUUUCCAAAAGACAUUUUUUUACACAAGAGGAACAGCAGUGUCAUCAAGCCAAGCUAAAUGCAAACUAGCAUUUUGAUCAAAAAUGUACGGGCUAUAAACCUUUCAUCACUUUUGCUGCUUAAUGACUUGGCUGUAUUUGGUGCUAGAUUUACAUUGAAAAAUGUUUAUUCUUUGGGGUACUGUGGUCAUUAGCACUGAGAGUUAUUACUAAAAGAUGGUAAAAGAGGUGCACAUGGCUUAGCUUUGUGCGUUUCUGUUAGUUUCAGUUGCAUUCACGAGACCACAAAUGCAGAGUUUGGUGGUGACUCAGGCUGUAGUUUUUAGGUCACGCCACUCUCAGAUAAAGCAGGUGUUUCAGGAACAUCCUGAGGUCAGAAAAAUAUUGGCACUUCUAAGCCUUCUCUAAAAAUCUCAAGAUUGUUGUACCAAUAAAACAAUCUUGAGAUUGCGUACUGAAGACCAGCUUAUUUGUGGUCUAAGGUGCAGAUGUCUUCAGCUUCCUCAAGACAGCACUCAACCACCUUUGCACCUGAGCACACUUCAGAAAAGGGGAAGAAAAUAACGCUUGCACUUCUCAGAAAGAUACAGAAAAGUUCAAUAUAGAUGUGUAUUAGCCUGACAUGUUAACUGGGUAUGACUCCUGAUAUCUCACAAUCAACAGAAAAGGUGUACUUUCCCUAUCUACUGGUGUAUUUUCUGAUCGGAGGUUGGACAAUCACCACCAUACUGCUGGUUUUCUUGGUGUGCAGGAUGAACAAAAGAAGCCACCAAUGCAAAGGUAAGUGGUAAUAUCUGCAAAGAAGUAUUUACUGAAGAUGGCAUGUAAAUGUUCUGAGGUUUUUUAUUUUUCAUUUCAUAACAGAGUGCAAGGAAACAAGAGCCCCCAUCACAUUUGCAAAGGUAAAUACCAUCUGUUUAAAGUAACGGCUGAUUUAUUGCAGAUUUUCCAGACUUAUUUAAUAUGAACUGUCUCAUGAUUGAGUCAGGGCCACUUUUUCAAAGUUUUGUGUAAAGAGUUUGUGAUCUCAUGGGAAUCUACAGGUUUCUUUUGAACCCAUGACUCAGACACACAAAAAAAAGAAGAGUGACCGAGAGGUUAAAUAAGUAAAUACAGACAAACACUUUCAUGCCCUUUUGCAGGUUAACAAAGCCCACCGAUCAAGAGUGCAGAGGAACAACACCUGGAGUGAAUGUGUGUACUUCAGUGUUACAGAGUAGAGGUGGACAAGUUUGGACUUUUGAGUUGAAAUAACGUUUGAUAACUAUUCAUCUCAACUAUAAUCAUGUAAUCAUCUGUUGUGUGGAAAUUCAUGUCCCCUGAGUAAGAAACAAAGUGAUCAGUGCUCUGUGUUUCUGAAGUAAGAGUGAAUCCUUGCACCACAGACACACUGAGUUUUAACCCACGCUGUUAUGUGUUUGCGAUCAUUUGUAGAACUGACAAAAUGCACUUAAAAUCAUGACCUGUAUCUUCAAACUUACCAACCCAUAUAUUUUUUGUAGCUGUAGUAAGUAAAAGUUGAAUUUCUUUUUUUGACUUGCUGUGAAUUUUUGACUUUGAGUGAAACUUGCUAACUUUCUGAUUUUUAGUUGUAAAAGGUGAAACUUGCUGAGAUGCUGUAGAUGGGUCCACAGUCACACUGCAAGAAGCUCAAGAUAGAAUAACCACCUUGGGAUUGUUACCAUGGAAACAAGAGUUAAAUCGGAAGAUAGUAAUUUAUUUGUUGGGGGGGCAGAGGAAGGUGGGGGUUGGCAGGUGAAUGAGCGGGGAUUGUGGGACUGUUAUGAGAUGACCAGAGGUUAUUGUGAGGAGGAGGGGGGGUGGCCUGGGUGUGGAAAGAUGGGCUGCUGAGUGCAGACUGUCAGACGGGUGAGGAGUGGAUCAUAUACUGGAUGUUGUAAGAGAGCAUUCGGCUACCCCGCCUGUUGGGGUGGAUCCCAUCAGGACUGAAAAGUGAUGCUCGGUCGCAAAACAGAUUAAAAUUGUCAAUAAAACCGAAGUUGUGGGUGGGGCAUGUGGAUUGGAGCCAGGUAUGGAGGCUGAGGAUCCUGCUAAAACGUUCUGCUCCACGACCGAGAGUGGGGAUCGGGCCAGAGAUAAAAACUGUCUUUCCAGUGUCCUUUAAAACGUUAAAAAGCAGGUUAAAUUCCCUCUUUGGGAUUUUGGACUGCUUAAGGGACGUGUCGUUUGAGCCAAAAUGGAGCACAAUCCCCCCCCCCCCCCCCCAUUUCAUUAUACAAUAUACAGUUGCAUAACAUCAAAACUACCAAACUGUGUAACUUACAUAGCCAUUUCCCUCCAGAUCCUUGAGAAAGGGGUACUGUGUGACAAGUGCUUUAACUACAUCCAGUGGUAGGAUACCUGUGAGAGGGAAUAGAUUAAAGAAUAAUGCUAUGAAUACUUCACCAUAUAGCCACUAUUUAAAAGUAAGAAUCAAAGUUCAUCAUGACAUGAGCCUUGACCUGUCAGGUACAAGUAAAUUUGGCUCUGAAAUGUAACUGCUUGAAAUAUGUUAUUAAAGCAAUGACAGUGACACUGCAGCAAAUUAAUGAGCUACAUCUAAACUGUGGACAUUUCUGACUCACAUUGUGUAUUCUAACAUUGCCUCUUGUAGAACAUGAAUGAUCCUAUGUCGAUCUCGGGAUGACCUCUGACAUGCUUCCUUGUUAUCAAGCCUGUUCUGAAGGUGUUUAGGGAAAGGAGGAAUAACAAACACAACGGGAAGUCUCCCAUUUGCCUUAUUUCUGACAGGGUGUGAAAGAGAAAGAAAUUUGUGUUACCAGUAAACAGGAUGUCACAAAAGCAACAAAUUAGUAGUGCAAUAUGUUUAAGCAUUUUUAAUUGCAGGUUUUUGCACUUGACUUGAGUAUUUCCAUUUUAUGCUUCUUUAUAGCCUGCUUCUACUCCACUAUUACCCCUUUUGCCAAUUUCAACUUGUAACUCUACUUCAUAUUAGUGAAGUGAAUGUUACUUUAAGGUUUAAAAUUUUUAUACCCUUCCUGUUCUCUGAAAAUCAAUUAUCUCCAGAUGUGAAGUUAAGAUUUUCCCUUAAAUAUUGACUGAAGUUUCCUAAGCAAUGUGCUACUACAAAAAGGGGGGGAUCACUAGGAAAUGCCUGACAGAGCUGAAACAGUUAGGCCUUUCAGAGAGAGUUCUAAUGGAGCUAACUGGUUAGCCAUGUUUCAAACACAAUGUGAUCUUCUGAAUAUGAAGCAUUGCUGUAGAUCAAACUACUCCACCGUCUCUUUAUGAUUUGAUUAGUUUAAGCUCAAAGGAAAAGUUCUAUUUUUUCUAAAUCUGGACCUUAUUUCUGGCACAAAAUAAUUUACUCAUAUAUCUUAGGUGUUAUUACAAGAACUUCAGAAGAUAUUUAGAACCAAAUGGAGAGCUGCGCAUAUCCACAUAAUGAGAGUGAAAGGGGCACAGAGAAUGCCGGCUCUAAUAAUGCAUUGCUUGUCGCCAAACAUAUAAUUUUCCCCAAUAUGUUACUAUUCCCCAAUAUGUUUUGAUUUGCUAAUGUUAUUCCCCUUUGAUUCUUGAGUUGUCUGUAAUCAUCUGGAGUCUUUUGAUUGACCUACUAUUAUUUUGAAAUGGACAUCGUCAUCUCAAAAUGCUUGGGAUGCUCUUAGAUCAUUUUGCUAAUAAUGUGUACUGUUUUGCAUGCAGAAGGUGCACAUUUUUAGUAAUAUGAUAUGACUGAAGUAUAAGGUGUGAAAAUGCAAACAUAAUUAUUAGCACUUAUGACAACAGUAUUCAACAUUCUACUCACUGACACCUUGAAAUACAUUUUAACUCACAAUUUUAAUUCUUUGCCAAACUCACCCUUCUUUAGUGACAGGUUGUGGCUGUACAUAAAAUUCUUCAGGCACUGGUUCUAAUGUAAGUGUAACUAAUUCAUUCUUCAGCUCCCGAACAAAUUUAUGGAACUUUGCUUGCGAACAAUAUCAUGUUAUCUGUCAAGCCACACUCCACUGUUUCUCCACCCACUUCAUUAUCUGAAAGAAUUGUUACAGAGAGAGAGAGAGAGAGAGAGAGAGAGAGAGAGAGAGAGAGAGAGAAAACAAAACAUACAAAGGAGCAUAAAGUGAGUACAUUUACCACAUCUUGAGCAAAAGCAAAAUUACCUGACCCUGGUAAGCUAGGAACUAUCAUGAGUCUUGUAUGUCCGGGGACGCAAUCCAAUAUACACUUUACUGUUGCAUGUUUGGCAGCACUGAAUACAUGGUUGUCCAUGAAUGGUUGUUUGUACAUUUUUAAAUCAAAUGUAUCGCAUCCAGUGGCGGUUCUAGACUAAAUUACUCCCCAGGGGAGACCCCAUCCAAGACAAUUUUUAUGGUGCAUAUUCUCCACCUCCAACAUUGCAAAAGACAAUGGGGCAAUUCUGCAUAAAACAGGAUAUCAGAGCUUAAAUAAUAAACAUACAUUAUAUACAUAAAAGUCAAAAUAUUUAACAAAAAUGUAACAAGACAGCACAAGAACAGAAGAAUAAUAUAAAAUAUUAAAUAAAAUAUUAACUAAUAAUCGUACAUAGCAAAUCACACAAAUUUGAAAACACACUAAAUAAAAUGUGAUUGUUCUAUGAACAGAAAACACAAACUAAAACUAAAACCUGACCUUUCUUGCCUUCCUUGAUGCAAAAUCCUGGCAGAGUGAGAGCAAUCCUGAGAGCAGAGCUGCCCCCGUGACCCCCUCCUCAUCUCGUCUCAUACACUCUGUCAGCCUCUGUGCAGCACCUUCGCAGCAAGCAGGGGUGCCUACAGCAGCAGGGGGCACCAAUUUGACAAGAGUUAAAACAAAACCGCUUUGCGGUGCAGAUUUAUUAUUAUUAUAAUCUUUUUUUUUUUUUUGGAGGUGCUCGUGCCACCCCCUAUGAGUUAUCACACAAAUGCCGCCCUGGGCGGCUGCCCUGUUCUAGAACCGCUACUGAUCGCAUCUUAGCACUACUGUGAGAGGAGUCAUUAGCCAUAAGCUACCUGUUUCCCGCACCGCUGUAUGCCUGCGGUCGAAUGUGGUAAACGCAACCAAAACGGAUACACCAUAAUGUUGUUUGUUGUGAUCAUUCAUCCAGUCGCCGAACGGCUGUUAGAUAAGACUGCGUUUUAUGCACCAAAACUCGGUCCACUGACAAUGAAGUAGCAGCAGAACAGGCAGCAGGAUAGAGGCCAACCAAGCAACAGCAGCAGAAGCUAUCAGGGAAACAGCAACAGCAACUCAGGCUCACAAACGGAGCAACGGAGCCUCAGCGGGAAGAGUUGACUUGAGGUAGAAGUACAAAUGUGGACCCUCGGGGUACAUUUUCAAUCACCACACCACACAAUGUCACCUUUUAGUACCGGUGCCGAAUGUUGUUUUUCUUUUUUUCCUGGUGCUUGUUCUCUCGACACCCAGUGAAGCAGGUACUAAAAAGUAGCACCAAGCACCAGGGAGCAGGUACUCUCUCUCUCUCUCUCUCUCUCUCUCUCUCUCUGUCUCUCUCUCUCUCACUCACCCACAAACACACAAAAACACACACACACACACACACACAAUAUCAUUUGUAUGUAUUAAGAUAAUAGAAGAAUUUCUAAUUGUUUGUUUAUAAAUCAUACUGUGUGCCUUGCAAUUUUAUGUUUGGGCCAACUCUAAUGUUGAAUUCACUGGUGUUGUCUGGGGUUUACUUGAAAAUAGAGACCCCCCCCCCCAUCAUUCUACCCCCGUUUGUGGGGAAAAAAAUGGUACAGAUGUGGACCCCUGGUCAUUGUGGAACUUAUAUGUACCCUUUUGACCCAAAUAACAGACAUAUGAGUACCAUGUGGAUCAACUGAGAACCUUUCAGGGUACAUCAACAGCAGUUGUACCUUAGAGAACCAAACUAAACUUCUGCCAUACCCUCUUUUCUGAGAGUGCACAUGCUUUACGCCAUCAGCUCAAGGACGAGUUGGGGGAAAUGGAGAAGAUGGCCAUAAUCGAGAAGGUUACUGAGCCAACAGACUGGGUUAAUGCGCUGGUGGUUGUAGAAAAGCCCAAAACAAGAAAGCUCAGGAUUUUUUUAGACCCCUGCCCAGUGCUUAAUUUGUGCCGGAGCAAGCCAGAGUGCGCUCUGGGACCUCUUUGAUCGAAUCUGGGACCUAUUUCAGCCGCUCCAGCACCUGUUUGAUCUGCUAUGGGACCUUCCCUGUCAAUAAUGAACUGUGUUUUUAUCUAUGUGUUCUCUGUGUUUUAUUUCUCUCUGAAGUUACACCUAUUGGCUUAUUUCUUAUGUUUUUUCUCAGAAAUUAGGUAAAACAGGGGGAAAAAGUGAUUUAUGCCGUCACGUGUCACAACGCAAUGCGCAUUGGGAUGGUUUUGUUUCCGUACCGGCACCGCGCACAAAUAGGUAAACAACACUAAACAGCCAGUUGACUAACAACACACAAACUACUGUUACUGUUAGCCUACUGCUAAAAUGUCGAAGAGACAAACAAAACUGUCAACUUUUUUUAACCAGUUGGUCAGCCAGACCCCAAACUGGUCAAAGUUGUUUUGGAGGCAGAUGCCAGCUCUGCGGAUACCCAGGGUGGUGACAGCAUAAUAGCCGCUGCAGAUGUGGUCUGCGCUGUCAGCAGGAGCACGGAUGAGGAGGAGCAGUGAUGUCAGUCCACGGGGUGCGUGAAGAGGAUGAUAUAGAUAACCAGGACAAAUCAGAGAGUGACAGUAACAAUGAAGGAGUCGAGAAGGAGGAGGAGGACGUGGCUGCGGGUGAAGGAGAGACCCAGACUGCAUGGGGUGUGUAGACUAAAGCUGAGUUCAAAAUUAAACAAAGUUUUUAUUCCUGGCUUACAGUGGACAAGUCAGGUUUUGGCUGUAAAACAUGUAAAAAAAGUCGAGUCAUUGGGCCCAGAAAAAACUGCAGGCAUGAAACUGGCAAAAGAGUGGGUCACAAGUUCUGUCACAUCCUCCGCUACAGGCUUACAGAAGCAAAAAAGGGCUUCAAGGAAAAAGAUCUGUGAACAUGGGAAGACUAAGGCACACAGAGCAGCAGAGCAUAUUUUGGAGAGAGCAAAAGAUGACACAUUGCCAACUGCAGUGAUCAAUUACCAGUCCGAGCAUAUGCAAACAACUGCAAGGGUUUUCCGUACAGCUUAUAAGGAGGCCAAGCGUCACAGACCAGUGUACGGCUUUGAGCACGAAAUAGACUGCCAGCAGCUGAAUGGUGUGGAGAUAGGGAAGAUUCUUUACUCCAACGCUUCGUGUUGCAACAUACAACAGUACAUCUCAUCCGAAAUGAGAGAAAAACUGCUUGACAAGAUAGUUGAAUGUGCUCCAAAAAUUGCGCUCAGCCUGGAUGAGGCAACCAGCUUAAAUAAAAAGAGCGCAUUAAUUAUUUCUUGAUCUUGUCAAGUUAGAAGAUUUCAGUGCUGAAGGCAUUGUCCACAAACUACUGGCUUGUUUAAAGGAUGCCAAGUUAACUGAAGCCUUUCUCUCAAACAUGCUCAUCGGUCUCACUAGUGACGGCACGUCAUGGAUGCUCGGUCGUAAUAGCGGAGUGGCAGCAAGGUUACAAACACUGUUCCCCAAAAUAUUAGUAUGGCACUGCUCUGCCCAUCGUCUUGAGCUAGCUGUCGGUUAUGUGAUGAAAGAAAUAGGGGCCAUUAACCACUUCAAAAUGCUGAUGGAUAAGCUGUAUAGCCUGUACAGUACAUCAAAUAAAAACAGAUUGGAAGUGAAAAGUGCUGCCAACAGUUUAGACCUGCAGUUGUGUAAAAUUGGUCGGGUCCUGGACAAUAGAUAGGUCGCAGCCAGUUUCAGAAUGGUUGAAGCUGUGUGGAAAAAUUAUCCUGCACUCCACAAACACUUUGCCCAUGCAGCAGAGGAUGGGGCACGUGACUGCUCCUCCAGGGACACCUACAGUGGCAUGGAAAAAAAAGUGUCCUCAUAUGCAUUUGUCAACAACUUGGGAAUAAUGUAUGAUACACUACAAGAACUGUCGGAACUGUCCCUUGAGCUCCAAAAACAAGAAUGCACAAUCAUAAUGGCACAUAAAGCCAACUGUCAGCAGGUCCGGGUCUUCAAAGCCAUGUCAACACGACCAGGACAUCACUGCGAACUGACUAAGAAGGGAAUUGAGGAGAUCUCAUUCCAAGGUGUCCCACUACAUGCAGGAUGAGCCAAUGAUCGAACCCUGGACCACACAAUUUUUUUGAAAGCCUGGCACGCAAUCUGGAAAAACGUUUGCUGUCACAGGGAGAACACCAGACAGGAUCCAAGUCAUAUAACAAGUUAAUUGACGACUUAAAAGUCCUGUACCUGCAAUAUUGGCCACAGGAUGCAAGCGCACUGUAUAGGGAACAUGAAGUUGAGGCGCUCUGCCAGCAGCUUGGCAUUGAUGAUGAUCUGCGAAGUGUCAUUCGGGCAUACAGAGAAUACCGUGACAAUGACGGAGAAAUGAUCCCAGAUGGACUGAAGGGCCUCUUUGCUGUGGUCAACACUCUCUCCAUCUCAAGUGCAGAGUGUGAAAGAGGUUUUUCUCAAAUUAAUCUAAUCUGCACUGCAGAAAGGGCAUCUCUCAACACGUCCACCAUCUCCUCCCUACUGUUUCUGUGUCUUGUUGGACCACCACUGACUCGUUUCAACCCCAUGCCAUAUGUGAAGUCAUGGAUUGCUAAAGGACAUAGAAGCGCCCUAAGCCAGAGGAGUAAAACAAGAAGUAAGAAUAAGGAUCAGGAGGCUCCAUGGAUGUUGUGUGGGCAGUUUUCGACAGAUAAAUUGACAGGUAAGCACACGUUGUUUAUUGCUAUUUUUCUGUUGUGCAGUGUUAUUGAUUAGGAGCGAUGUUUGUGCUGGGUGAAAUAAUGAGUGUUUAGCGAGUGAAAACAUGGUGUAAAGUCCCAUCAUUGCUACAUUUGUAUAUCGGCAUUUUGCAGUCAACACCUUGGACAGUCACAGAGCAAGCUGCGCUGUUUGGUGCCAUGUGGAUGCGUGUGCGUGUACGCGUGUGUGUGUAUACAGUUGCAGCGUGAUUGACAACGCGUCACAGUGACAGUGUGACACUCUGUUUAGGCUUUCUUUUUAAAAUAGAACAUUCAGUCCUAAGUCCAUUUCCCCGCCAUUUGAAGGGAAACUACAUGGAGCGAGGACAGGAGAGCCAGUGAGUCAGAGAGACAGCAGGAGGCCUUUCUGGUGACUACAGUUUACAAGAGAAGACAAUUGGUCAACAAGCAUGAAGUUAUUCAUGGACAAAGCACACAACAACGUGGCAAAUAGACAGGACAUUUAACCAAACUGUAUCUGCUGCCUGUCAAGUUUGGUUGGAUACAUUAUUACUGUGCAGUGUGCACAACUCAUCAUUCUAGUGAUGUUUGGUCAUUUAUGUUUUCAAUUUCAUCCUUCUAAAUAGAGACCUUUUUGUGUAAUUUUUUCAUUAUUUUAUAUUCUGAGGUUUUUGUUAAAUUUAUUGUAUUUUAUUUUUCUGAUGUGGUGCUUAGGUGACAGUGACACACUAAGAGAAAGACUGGCUAUACUGGUGUCAAAGAAAUCUGUUAACAAUAAAAAUAUGUAUGUUUGCAAUACGUCAGUUAUUUAUAUUGCUCAUUCCAAAUUGAUUCCAAGUGUUCUGAUGGGCCACAUGGUGUGCCAAAUGUUGCUGCAAAUGUUAUACUAGGUAGGCGCGGAAAUUGAGGUGAAAAAGACAAUAAAAACGCGUUAAAAACCCAAGAAAAAAGCACAUUUUUACGGCGCGCGUGCUCCAGAGGGGGACCCGCCACCUCCUGGAGGACAAAUUAAGGACUGCCCCUGCCCCCUGAAUGACGCCAUCCAGAGACCCUACUAUCCUCUCCCUACUCUAGAUGACAUUACCCCUAGACUAGCAGGUGCACAGUAUUUCGGUGUACUAGAUGCCAGGUCUGGGUACUGGGCAAUAAAACCGAUCCAUAAGUUAUCCAUCCUGACCACAUUCAACACCAUCUAAGGCAGAUACAGGUUCAGACGCCUCCUGUUUGGGAUUGUACCCGCACAAGAUGAGUUCCAGAGACGGAUAGACGAGGCCUAUGAAGGGCUUUCAGGCGUCGCCGCCAUUGUGGCUGACAUCCUAGUCUUUGGCUGCACACAAGAGGAGCACAAUGUCAACCUGCACGCCAUGCUAGAGCGAACCAGACAGAGAGGAAUGAAGCUAUACAAGGACAAGAGCAUUAUGGAAGACAUCAGGGCUGCGACAGCAAGACUCUCAACUCACAACCUUACAGAAGAUGAUUUGGUCAGGAUGGCCAGAUACAGUGAAACAAUGUCCCCCUACCUUCGCUGAAUAUUUGAACCACAGGGAUGAAAUCACUAAAGUGAAUGGCAUUCUACUGAAAAGAGAAAAGAUAAUCGUGCCACAUUCACUCAGGUCUGACAUGCUUGCACGCAACCACGUAGGCCUCUUGGGCAUGGAAAAAUGCAAGCAGUGGGCGAGACAUGUCUUAUUUUGGCCAGGGAUGUGUAAACAAAUAGAGGCACUGGUUGGAUCAUGUGACAUCUGCCUCGAACGACCCUACCAUGGUAGGGUAAACUUCAAUAUUCUAAAAGUGCAAUGCUAAUAAUGCAGAGUUGAUCAAGCUACACUGUGCAAUCCAGCAAACUGCUAUUAUAUGCAUGACUUCCUACUCUCUGAGCUUGUACAAGGGUAAUUUUUUUAAACACUAUGUGCUUGGAAAAUAGCUCUAUUUCUAAUGUUCUGUUGUUAUUAUAAUUUCAUUGUAUACCUCUUCAGAAACACAAAGGCACAAAGAAACAACACCCCCCCAAACAAGAAAGUGCAUGGGUGCUAAGAGACAUCAAACACAUGUGACCAGAAGACCCACUGAUGGUUGGCUUUAAUCUUUCUUUAUACUCUGUCUGGGUUGGAAACCAGUGAGCUCAGACCUUUUACCAUCACUGGGUGAGAAUGAGAUAGAAAAACCUCAACAACAGACACACAGUACUGCAGCUCACAACAGUGAGCAUGUGAUUAUUUCCUAUAUCAAAUGAGACCACUACAUGUCAGCCAAUGAAAAGGCAGCCUGUUCUGUUAAGAGGCGUGAAACAGUCAGUUUUCUUUCAUUCGGUACAACGACUGAAGCACGAUGACAUCUCUGAAGAUCGUCUUCAUAUGUUUGGUCCUGGGAGAAAUCAGUAAGUUGUGUUUUUCUCUUAUGAUCCUCUUCUUUUAAUCAAAUCAUAGCAAAUAACUGUAUUUAUGUCCCCUCUCUUUUCACUUCAGCUCAGACAACUGUUCUGAAAUCCUCUUCAUCUGUUCAUCGAGAAAAAAGAGAGACUGGAGAGGAUAUAAGUUUGAAAUGUGUCAAAGGUUCUGGUGCUUCACGGGUUUAUUGGUUGAAGCAAAGUCUUGGGGAGGAACUCAGGCUCAUCUCGACCUUCCCCUACUUUGGAACAAAAUCUAAUUUUCAUGGAGAAUUCAAGAACAAUUCACGAUUCUCACUAGAUGCUCAAAAUAUCAACAAUCAUUUGACAAUCUCAGAUUUGCGAAGAUCAGAUUCAGGUACUUAUUACUGUUUAGGCUCAGGUCACUACAGCCUGAACAUUUUGAAGACCAUUCAUGUCAGUGUGAAGAGCUCAAGUUUGAACAUCCCAGCUGUGGUCCAUCAGUCAGAGUCUGAGACCAACCAGUUUGGAGGCUCUGUGACUCAAACUGAGACCUGUGAUGGAGAACACAGUGUUUACUGGUUCAAAAACUCUGAAGAGUCUCAACCAGGACUCCUUUACACCAAUGGAGGCAGAAAUGAGCAGUGUGUGAGAGAACCAGACUCACAAACACGCACCUGUGAAUACAGUUUACCAGUGAAGAACCUGAAUGUGUCUGAUGCUGGGACCUACUACUGUGCUGUCGUCUCAUGUGGACACAUACUGUUUGGAAACGGGACCAAACCGGACUUUAAAGGUAACAAAUAAUCUCAUCUGAUGUUUGAGUUCCCCAGCUGCCAGGUCAAGAAAAAGGGUGUACAUGCAAAUCCACGUGCCUGGAUCACAUAUCUGAAAUCACAGUUAAAUUAUACUUGCUAAUUUGCCAUUAUGGUGUACAUGGUUUUGAAUCUAUUUGUAUGAUUUAUAAACCGUAAAUGUGGAUUUGUAAUCUGUGUUCACAGAUUUUCAUGUGAGCCAUAUAGUUGAAACAACAUGAUUAUAUUGAUAAAAGCUUGUGGCUCCUUUUGAUAUAUCUGACUCUUGACUUUGUUUCAAAGCCGAAAUAAACUAUAACUACAAUUAAUACUACUACUCUUUUUUUAAUAGACCGGGUGAGCAGCACAGUCUUGGUGCAUUUCUUGAGUGGAGCUUUGAUAUUUGUGGCUAUCAUAGUAGUUGUGUUGGCCGUCCUACUGUACAAGUCAAACAAAAGGAACAGUUCCCAAUCUCAAGGUACAGUAACUACACUUUUUUCUGCUAAUGACUCCAUGAAUUUGAAGUUAAAGGGUGUUUUGCGAUUUUUCUUAACUAGAUGCUGUAGCAAGAUUUUCAAGAAACCUGGAGGUAAGAAUCUUCCCUUUCUCUUGUAAAGGUCAAAGAUUAUUUGAAAGUAUUGUAACUUCACAAAACAGUUUGUUCUUUAGACAUGGUUUGAGCUACUUUAACUGUCCAUAUCAUGAGAAAUGUGUAUCUUUCAUAGGCUCAUAGAGAAGCUGACAACCUCUUUUAUGCUGAUGUGAGGGUUAAAAAGCCCAACGCAUCAAGAAGACAGAGAAACACGACCAGCGAGUGUGUGUACUCCAGUGUGAAGAAAUAGAAGUCAAAAUAUUUUACUUUAGUUAGACUGUUUCCUCAUUUCAUGUGGUUAUAUUUCUGAAUUUAGUUACACUCAUUAAUGGGUCUUCUAAGGCUCCUGUGAGGAACUUUCUAUCUGUGAUGAUUUUGGAAAAAAUUGUCACCCUUACAUCAUGGCUGGUUCAGUUUUGUUCUUGUAAAUUGGUUUUAAUUGACAGAGAAAACUCCUGUUUUAAUUUUACAUUGAAAUUAAUUAGUCACUGUAAAUAUCUGCUGUGGAAAAAUUGACAACGGCUGUUCAUUCAGAGCACCGACCACCUCACAGCAAGUACAGGUUUAAAAAAAGAUAUUAACGGAAUUGAUAACCUUGAUGUUAACUGUCUUAUUUGAACACCACAGAGACACAGCACUGUUUGACUAAGCCUGUUUUUUUUUCUUCCAAAAAUUCAUCUCAGGAGCUUUAAUAUUUUCUAUUGAGAUUUUGCGCUGAAUUUGAGUGAAUCAUUUUUUUUGGCAUGUAAAUAAAACCUUAUAUUUUUGUUGUUGUCCUUUGUCCAAAGACCUUUUGAAUUAUUUCCUCAUAGCUUUACCUGUAUUAAAAACUGUGUAGUUUGUUUAACUCAUUUGAAAACUUUCCUUUUGCAGUCUUAAUAUCCAAAGUCACAAAGCACAGCAACAAAGCAAAUACUAUAUUAUGAUAUUUAUAUUAGUUAACAUUAAUAUUAAACAUCAUACUUUGAGCAACAUUAGUAUUCGAAUUUUCGCUCCUUAAUAUCGCAGCUUCUCUACACCUCAGAGGAAUAUUGCUACUCUCACUCAAUAAUGUUGGUGCUUCUUUGUGGAUUUGGAAUGAUAACCCUCAAUGUGAGAUAAGCCAUAAAUAGAUAACCACCUGCAUACUUUUUGAUUUUUUUUAAAAUUUAUUUUCUUUAUUUUAGGAGUUUUUCCCCAUUCUUACCAGUUGUAACUCAUCUGUGAUAACCACUCUUUGUAACUGAUUUUUUUCUUACAUGAAUUAAACACAUAUAAAUCAAAUGCGUGCCAGUUGACUUCACAGGUCAUUUUUCUUAUGGUGAAACCUUAUUUAGACGUUAAUGCUGUGAUACCAUUAUUUCAAUACAUAACUAAAUGCAAAACCCCACUUCUAGCUCUGAACUUUGUUCUUUAAUUUCUUUUUAAAAGUGUGACUUUUUAUCUCUUUCAUUUCUACCUCUCCUUUGUCCGUAUUAUUACCAUCUGGUGCUGUGUACUCUUUACUUAAAGGAGGAGAUUUAUCUCUGCAUUCAGAUCAAGUUGUCAUGUUGAAUUCGGUAUUUUUCUACUUUCGUUAUGUAUCAGUUUAAUGUCAGCACUUUCAUUGUCACAAGAUUUAACUCAGCUCUAAACUCUCUGCUACAUUAUACUACGUAAUAAAUCAGAUUAGUGAAUGAGGACAGAGCUAAACUCCCUGAUAGAGGGAUGGAUCAAGCCUUUGAAAACCUUAAAAAAUGGGUUGAUUCUCUACAAUUAACAGUUCAACUACACAAGACACACAACUACCUGUUACCUGCCUGUCUGUGUUUAUCUGCCUCCAGAAAGGAUCUCAUGCUGCAUCUUUUGGAUCAAACCAUCUACAGAGAGAGGGGUGGAUGCUUUUUUGUGGUUUAAUAAAAUUAUACUUGUGUUGAUUCAUUGUACUUUUAUUGAUUUAAGAAUCAUACAAAAAUUAUGUUUAAAAAAAAUAAGGUAAGAGUAUAAAUAAAAACUCUUUAAAACUUAAACAAUUUGAGCUAUUUUGAAAUUAAUAAAUAAAUGACAAUGAAAUGCACAUUAAAAUGAUAUUCUGGUGUAAAUUUAAGUUAUGGUCAAUCACACCAUAACACAGAGUUAGACUCCCCCUUGAGAGAUGAAUGUUGCCACUGAGUGCAGCGGAAAAUUUAUAAUUAUUACGUCAUGGAAAAGCAAUCAGACUGAGAGGCUAAAGCAGAAAAACUUACACAUCUGCAGUGCACAUACAAGACACACAAGAACUCUGAUUGUAUUUCCAUGAAGUAAUGAUCAUAAAUGUUCUUCCCUGAGCUGUGAAACUCUCGUGCAUUCUGUGAUUGACUCAUCAGGGCUUCCCCUGACAAACAAGCGGCUGCAGGAGGAGAGUGGGUGAGUUGUGUUUGGUCUCUUUGCAAAAGAAACCAGGCAAAGCUAAAAAGAUGUUUGGUGGCUAGUACUUUGGCUGGGACCCUUUAUGUACUGUUGAUGAUGUUAGGUGCCGUUCUGAGCAUUAUUUGUGGCUAUAGAGUAGCUUUUUGGUCGAGGUUUGCACAUGGAGACAAACAUUGCUGUGUCUUACUAUUGUAAAGUUGUUGCUGAAGUUGGUGUAACUAGAGAAGCAAGCAGUUGGCAACAUUCAUCUCUUGAGGGAGUUAGCUUGUAUUGGCUCAUUCACACCAAAAAUGUCACUGCCUCAGCUGAUUCUGUCGCCACCUCCCCCUACCGUGCCACCACUCCCAGCUUGGCUGACCUCGGUACGCCUCGGUCAACCAAAAUACCAAACUGGCUGUAUGCCUGGCUCUGCAAGACGAGAAUACCACUGUGCAGGAAGCGCCACACUCCACCGCACCAUCGGCAGGCACAAAAAUAGAGUCAACUCAUCUGCCAACUUUGCUUCUCUCCCAUCUCUCCUUUCUCCACCGUCAGUUUCAGUUGAAGAUCCAGCAUCCAAAAUUUAGGCCACAAUUUCCUCACACUCUAAAACUUUCUUGCACAUAAAUCUGAGUUCUUGUUGAUGAAGUAAGGCAAAAGGGGCGGAGCAUAGCACACAUUCUGGUUUUACAGAAGAAAGAGAGGGUGUGCUUUAUUUAUCUUUCAGGACAAAAUGAGUGAGACACAGCAGGCAGCACCGCACUGUCAGUAUUUUUAAUUAUCCAGCUCUACUGUUAAUCAGUGUUGCUUUUGUUAGCUUGUAGAUAGACAAAAUACUAUCUGAACUGUUGCAGCUGAGUGUUCGGUAAUGUUGACAGUGUUUUUGCCACGCUUUAUGCUGGUUGGUAUUUUCUUCAGUGUCACUGUUGCUAAUUUCAGCUAUCUUUCCACUUCACCCCUUAUUGUUUUUCUCUUCUUCUAUUGGUUAUAUACUGUAAAUGUACAUCAACUCAACAGAGAAAAACUUACAGCCAAUAGCAUGCAUUGAUGCAAAGAGAGGCCAGACACACAAGCAGCCAGAUGGCCAACUGAUGGUUGGCUCUACUAACCAGUACAGUAAACUAGACUAAUGUACUAGCCUCAACUUUAGAAACAUGGAGGUACAGAGUGAUGACAUCCUUCGACCAAAGAGUCAGCAACAGAGUAAAAACACCUCAGAAACAUGCAGCUCGAGGUGUGUCAAAUGUAUUUUUGGCCAAGGGGGGAGUACUCGAGAAAAACAGGAAAGAGUGAGUGAGCAACACCCCAACAACAACAACUCACACAUGAAAAGAAUGUGUCACAGUGAGCAUGUGAUUGUUUUUCUGAUAUUAAAAGCUGCUUUUUUUCUGUUGGCCAAUAAAAAGUAACCUGGUCUGUGAAGAAUUGAGAAACUGUCAGUUUUUUAUCAUUUACUACAACAACUGAAGCACAAUGGCAUCUUUACAGUUAGUCUUCUACCUGACAUGUUCGGUCCUGGGAGAAAUUUGUAAGUUGCCUUUUCUUUUCUCAUUUGAACUCAUGUCCACUUCAAGAUGAAUACAUUUGAUCCUUUGUCAUGUCAUUUGUCACUGGCUGAGUAACUGAAACUCCUUUAGAGAAAACAAUAUCAAAUCAAAUGAUUGUUGUCGUGCUUUUAUUUUGAAACUUUCUCUGUUUUGUUUUUUGUUUGAGUCACUUCCUGCAUAUUAAAACUAAAUUGUUUUGAAGUAAACUUUACUUCAGGUAGAACUUGCAUUACAGAACUGAAUAAUAACUGUUAAAAGAUCAUUUUAAAUACAUGAAUGUUCAAUUAAUUUGGAGCCUGAAGAAGCACAAUCUCCAGUGCUGCUUUUGUCAACAUGUCAAACGUGGCAUGACCACAAAGUGGGCUUUUCAAGAAUACUGUUUCUUUACCCUGUCAGCACAUAGGAACUGUCGGCUCUCUUCUAAAGAGAGGUUUCCAGGAUGGUAUGGCAGACAGCUCUCUGCCCAGACAAUCUGAAACAGACUGCACACAGCUUAUCUCUUCUCUUCACAGGGCUGUUCUUUACUGUCACGCCUGUAUUCAUUGGUGUUGGUGAUUCAACGCAAAAUAGAGUGAAAUGGUUGAGAAGACAUUCUGGUUGCGACAUCAGUAGGGUAACAUUGAUCAUGGAUGCAGUGUAAUACUGUAGGGCGGCAUCCCCUUCACUGGAAAAUAAGGCCUGCGAUCAUUGGAGGGAAAUGUCACUGUAGGGAGAUAUCAAGAUGAGAUUCUGCAACCAGCCAUAAACUCAUAUCUCCAAAGUCUGGGACCAAACUCUCUCCUACAAGCAGUGGCGGUUCUAGAUUAAAUUACUCCCCAGGCAAGCACCCCUCCAACCCCCCAUUUUUAGAAGGGCCCCCAGAUCCUGAGGUUUUCUGAAGUGUUGAGGUUUACAAAAAAGCUGCUAUCUCGGCCUCUGUAGUAGAUAGAAACAAAAUUGAAAAAGUAUUUGAUAGCUUAUACAUGUGGCUUUCAAGAAAGCUCUCUUUUAGUUUUAUGAACCUUCAUCACAUUUUUGAAAACCUUGAACAAACAAACUUAAAUGAAAUAAAGCGGCUGUAUAAAUAAAAGUAAAGGCUCUGCACUGGAGAAUGACAAAUAAUUUGCUUUCUGUAAAACAAGUGGCAGUCAUGAUAAAGUGUCCAUUCAAUACAAAUGUAAAUAUAGAAAAUAAGGUGUUGAAAGGGUAAACAGCUGCCCCAGUAUAGUGCCAGUACAAAAGCAGCUCUAAAAACUAGAAUAAAUAUGUGGCUGACAGUGUGUUCAUCUCUGUUCUCACCCAAAGUCAUGCAACACUCAGAAAUUGCGAUAGUGUGAGCCAAAGCACUCCAUAUGAAGAGUUUGUUCACACUGCUGGAUAAUUUUUCUCUGAAGCUGCUCUCUGCGUCCGUCAUUGUUUAUUUUACUCACGAAGCGCUUAUAGCAAGAUCCGAGCGCUUUAUUCGUCUAUCAGAGGCAGACGGGUAUGGUGAUUGGAUUCACCACGACUCCAGAAAUGAUUAAAAAACUACAAAAUGAGGUCUCCGCGCUUCCGGCUUAAGAGUAGCAAUGCGCAGCCGCGCUCCCGCUGAUAUGCUGACAUGUGUACACAGAGCAGAGCUUUCCCCCCGCGACUCUCUCACCGCCUCGUCUCACACAGUCUGUCAGCCUCUGUGCAGCACCUUCGCAGCAAGCAGGGGCGCCUACAGCAGCGGGGGGGGCGCCAAUUUGACAACAAAAAAAUGCUUUGCAGUUAAGAUUUAUUAUCAUUAUCUUUUAUUUUAUUUUUUUGGAAGUGCUCGUGCCGCCCCCCAUGAGUCAUGACACAAAUGCCGCCCUGGGCGGCUGCCCUGUUCGCCCGUGCCUAGAACAGCUACUGCCUACAAGAAGACAAUGCUACACAACAGAGUUUAUCAGAGACUACCUCCAGAAUUUGUGAGUGGAGAGGAUGGGGGGGUCUGCCAGCAGUCCUGACUACAACCAUAACACUCGUGAGAUCAGCUUGGGCGUGCUGUUCAUUCAAGAGUUCGAUUCAACACAACUAAACUGGCUGACUUUUGACAAAUGCUGGUUGAAGGAUGGGAUGCCAACCCACAGCAGCAUGUGACCAGCAUGAGGAGGAGGUCCCAGGCUGCUGUAGCUGUGUUUGGUUCUUCCACAUGUCCCUAAAGCCCCUGUUUGUUGAAUGCCCUAAGUUGGUCCUAGUCUUGUCAAAAUGUACAGUUUGAUUGGAUGAGCAGAGUCACAUGACAUAUCUUGCAAAUCUUGUUAUCGGUUUGAUAUCUGGGCUGCUAAAAUGCUGUAAAGAUUGAAAAAGAGAGAGGCUGUUUGGUCAACUGCUAAAAAUGAAUUACUUUUCUUGAAUGGAUGCAAAUGACUCAGAGAACCUCGAGAAGACCUAUGGACUAUACCAAUGAGUUCAAUCUGCCUUCUGUGUGAGUAAAUGAAAGGACAAAGAGAGAGAGAGAGAGAGAGAGAGAGACACUGGAUACAACAGAGAUCAUGUGACUGUUUCCUAUAUCAUGAUCUGCAUUUCAGGUUAGCCAAUAAAAAAGCAGCCUGGUCUGUGAAGAGGUGAGUAGAUGUCAUUUUUCUGUCAUUCAGUGCAAGGACUGUAGCACGAUGACAUCUCUGAAGUUAGUCCUCUACCUGACAUGUGUGGUCCUGGUGAAUAUUGGUAAAUUGUGCUUUUAUUUGACUUUGUUACCCCUUAAAUUUAAUGUGUGUUUACUUAAAGGUCAAAUGUUAAUGUUUAGUUAUUUCUAAUGUUAAGAAAAUCUUCUGAUAAUAAUUAAAUUGCAGAAAAUGACUGCAUUCGUUUUGUCUCUCUUUACACUUUAGCUCAGGCAUCUGCGCAAAAAUCAUCUUCAUCUGUUCGUCAAGAGAUCCACAGAAGUGGAGAGAGAUUGACUUUACAAUGUGGCCACAAAGAUGAUGAUACUUCACAUGCUCUUUGGUACAAGCAGACAGUGGGGAAAGAACUUAAGCUCAUCUCUUCUGUCUACAAAUAUGGAACAAAUGAUAGCUUUCAUGGUGACUUCAGGAAAAAUCCUCGCUUCUCACUGGAUCAUCAAAAUGGUAAAAAUCAUUUGACGAUCUCAGAUUUGCGAAGGUCAGACUCAGCUAUUUAUUACUGCAUAAUUUGCCGUUACUGCGUGAUAGAAAUUCUGGAAACAAUCCAAGUGAGUGUAAAGAGCUCAAGUUUGAAUAUCCCAGCUGUGGUCCAACAUUCAGAGUCUGAGACCAACCAGCCUGGAGGCUCUGUGACUCUGAACUGUACAGUCCAAACUGGAAACUGUGAUGGAGAACACAGUGUUUACUGGUUCAAAAACUCUGACGAGUCUCAACCAGGACUCCUUUACACCAAUGAAGGCAGAAAUGAGCAGUGUGAGAGAGAACCAGACUCACAAACACACACCUGUGAAUACAGUUUACCAGUGAAGAACCUGAAUGUGUCUGAUGCUGGGACCUACUACUGUGCUGUUGUCUCAUGUGGACACAUACUGUUUGGAAACGGGAUCAAGCUGGACUUUAAAGGUGAGUCUCUGUACCGCUAAAGUUAUUUUAAAUGAUAAACUGUGACUUUGUUAUAAAACUAGACAUGAACAUAGGGCUUAAAGCUUCAAACUGUGGUGCAAAAUGUUAGAUUUUUCAUGAAUAUGCUGAUAUUUCCAAACUCAUUUUGGCUUAGAGUGAUACUAAUUUUCUUAAUUUCAUGUGGACGCAGAUCACUCCUGUAGUAGAAUACUGACCUCCUGUUACUCUCAUUGUGACAGUUCAUUUGUUUUAGAAAGAGUCAUAAAACAAGACAAAACUGUUCUGAUAUAAAAGUUACUCAGUAAUGUGUUUCCAUACAUAAAUAUAUCUAAACAGUCAUGUAUAGAAUAUAUUACAUACAUGCAUGUUAGCACACAUAAUCUGUCAUUGCAUGCACAUUUAUAAGACAUAUAUAUUAAAUGUUCAUAUUUGCCAAUAUUGAUAAAAUGCCAAAAAUAUCCUUUGCUCAAAGCUCUAUUUCCUGACUCUUUACCUCCAGGUGGGGUGGACUAUCCAGCCUUGGUGUAUUUUUUGAGUGGUGCGUUGAUAUUUGCAGCUAUCCUGAUAGUUUUCAUGGCUGUCUGUAUGUACAAGAUGAACAAAAGAAACAGUUUCCUAUCUCAAGGUAUGGUCAUUUAUGCUGCUUCCUUCAUCUGUGUUUUCUUAAUGUAAGCUGCAAGUUAAAGAUCUUUCUCUCUGUUUCAAAACAGAGGCUCAGGCAAUAUUUUCAGCUGCUUCUUCGAGAAAUCUGGAGGUUAGUUAUAUUUGUAUCUCCACUUUUAUUCACACAUAUAAUUCUUAAAUAUAUUUCAUCUUCUCUUAAACUGUCUUAACCCUAACCCUACAUUUUUUCCUGUUUCAUCUUGCGAAAAACACAUAGGAUCACAGAGAAGCCGAAAACCUCUUUUAUGCUGCUCUGAGUGUGAACAUGUCCAAAACAUCAAGAAGACAAAGAAACAUGGUCAAAGAGGAGUGUGUGUACUCCAGUGUAAAGCAGUAG